CUGAAAGUUACAGAGUCCUAUUGAGGUGCAGGUAUGCUUUCUGUCAAUUAAACAAACAAACAACAAGAUGGCUUUUUGUAUGUAAACCAAAAUAAAAAUCAUCUUGUGUCAAUAGAAAGCAGUCAAAAAAAUGUUUUUCCUUCUUGAUAUAAAAGAGUGUCAUUUUAUGUCAAAGCAGAUAAUCUGGAAAAUGUAGCGCUAUGGAACCAGAUGUCUCUUAAUUUGGCCCAAUUCUGAAUUUAGUGCAUUCUAUUGAAGGUUUUUGGUAUCUUGGAUCUUAUUUUGUAACUGCCGUAUUAAUGUAAAUUAAAUAUCUUGAAAUGUGAAGGCGUGGCUAAAGCAUAUCUUCCAAACUGUGUUUUGACGUGUAUUUUGCGGCCCACUUUGCCGUUUAGUAAAUAAGCUCCCAUGAGGAAGAUUGUGGAUCGCACACAAGCCAGAUCUGUAUGUCGAAGAUAAAAACUCCCUGUUUUAGGAAAAUCUUUGCCAUCUCGGCUAUUUUGACUGUAAUACAAUAUGUAGCUUUAAUCUGUGCUCGAUUUACUAUUUUGGCUCUGCUUUUGAAAUGGACUGUCUCUUGGUUGAUCUUCUGUCUGGUUUUUUUACAGCAAUGGGUAUAAACCUGAUCCUGUGUGUGUGCUUCGUUCUGUAUCUUGGGGGUAAGUUAUUUGAUGCCGCAGCGUAAGAGCUAGUUAAAAGAAAAAUUAGCAAAAUGAGUUUAUACACACCCCUCUGCAAACCAAUUAAAAUCUCCAAAACUACUUUGUUUAAAUCUGUUUACGUUAGAUUUAAUAAUCUACUUUUUGUGACUACUUUUCUCCAGAAGAGAGGGGAAAAAAAACACAAGAGAAACUUAAGUAGUUAAGUACAAUUUUAGCUUCCUGAAGUAAAGGCCAGCUUUUUUUAUUUAUUAUUUUUAAAAGUUAAAUUAAAGCUUUCAGUUUAACUCUGAAACUAUCUACGUAAAGUUAAAUUAACUGACGUUUAUGUCCCUUAAAGGACCACUCUAGGCACCCAGACCACUUCAGCUUAAUGAAGUGGUCUGGGUGCCAGGUCCUUCUAGGGUUAACCCAUUUUUUAAUAAACAUAGCAGUUUCAGAGAAACUGCUAUGUUUAUGAAUGGGUUAAGCCUUCCCCCAAAGAGGCGCUUGCGUGCUUCUCACUGUGAAAAUCAGUGAGAAGACGCCAGCGUCCACAGGAAAGCAUUAUGAAUGCUUUCCUAUGCGACCGGCUGCGCGCGCAGCUCUUGCCGCGCGUGCGCAUUCAGCUGACGGGACGGGGCGGAUCGGAGGAGGAGAGGAGGCAGAGAGCUCUCUGCCCAGCGCUGGAAAAAGGUACGUUUUUACCCCUUUUCCCCUUUCCAGAGCCGGGUGGGAGGGGGACCCUGAGGGUGGGGGCACCCUCAGGGCACUAUAGUGCCAGGAAAACGAGUGUGUUUUCCUGGCACUAUAGUGGUCCUUUAAACCACCUUCAUGCAUGGACUAAAACGGGGCUGAUGUAUAACAAGUUCUAAAUAAAUUUGCAAAACACUAUCUAGGAAUUCUGAUGGCUGGAAUAUUGGCUUUUAAAGGGACACUAUAGUCACCAGAACUUCAGCAUAUUGUAUUUGUUCUGGUGAGUGUAAUAACUGCCUUUAGUCUUUUUGUAGUAAACACUGUUUUUCAGAGAAAAUGCAGUAUUUACAUUACAACGUAGGGAUACCUCCACUGGUCACUCCUUAGCUGCUAGAGGUACUUCCUGGGGCAGUGCUGCACAGUGAGUAGCACUGCCAUUCAUUCUCUACCCAUUGUAGGCAGACACUUAAGUUCCCCCAUAGAGAUGCAUAGAUUCAAUUAAUCUCUGAGGAGAUGCUGAUUGGCCAGAACGGUUUAGCAUGUGCAGGCUCUUCCCCGAUCUGCUUCCUUCUCAGCCAAUCCUGUGGGGAAGAAUUGUGAUUGGCUCACAGAAUCACUUCUGAUGUCAGGCAUGUGGGCAGAUCAGAGGCAACAGCUGCAGACUUUUACUAUAUUAUACUAAGGGAUGGUGGUUUUAACACUAGUCAGGAAUACAGGUUUGUGUUCCUAACCCUAUAGUGUUCCUUUUAUAUUCUGAAUUGCUGACUGUAUAACUUGAAUGGAGGAAGUCCUGAAAUGUCUGCACCUCCCAGUUCAUGCAAGCCGCAUUUCUAACUUCUAGAUGAGGUUGUAGAUUUGGUUUAACCAUAAGUUUUCAUUAAGACUUGCAUCCAUGACUGAGGAAUAGCUGUCGAUAAACUGUAUGUGGAAUGCAAGAGAUGUUGUAUGAUGUUGUAUGAUAUUGUAUCACCUUUUAUCUUAUUAGGCUAUGCUUUUUGUGAGACUCUGGGAAAAGACUUUGCUGUGGUCUUCAUGCAGAACUUUCGCCCUGAUCAUGGUAAACCACGCCUGCGACUUACACUCACAGCAUUUUUCCAAGAUACUCAAGUCAAUAUCUCUCUUCCAAAAACAAGCUUUUGCAAGCUAGUCUCAGUAAUGCCUGGCUCCUCAGUGACCGUUACGUUACCAGUGGAUUCUGAGCUUCUUAAUAGUUGCCGAUCUAAUAAGGUUGUCAGUGUCCACUCAACCCAGGAACUAUCAGUGGUGGCAAACAAUGAAAGACCUUAUACAAGCAGCACGUGGAUUGUGUAUCCAAUAACAGAGUGGGGGAGAGAAUACUAUGUAUUUACACCUGACAGUGGGCCAAGAGGAACAUUUGCACAAAUAGCUGUGAUUAAUGGUCCCACACCUAAUCUGGUCACUGCCACCUUAACAGACAUGGUGUUCUUUGACAAGAAGAGCUUCUCUCCUGGAGAACCGCUACAUCUGACACUGGAACCGUGGGAAUCUGUACAGCUCCAGAGCUCCUAUGACUUGUCUGGCAGCCAUCUUGUGUCACAAGAAACUAUUGGGGUGUUUACAGGUCACAGCUGUGCUCAGAAGAACACACACUGCACCCAUAUAUGUAUGCAACUUCUGCCAAUCACUUCCUGGGGAUCUAAUUUUGUGGCACCACCAAUACAAUUUCAGAACACAUACAGUGUCUAUGUCAUGGCAUCUGCAGAGACUGUUGUGAUUGUUAAAAACGAUAACAAUACCUUGUACAAAGAAAUGAUUCCUGGAAGUGUGGAAGAGUUCAAAAUUCCCUCUUCCAUGUCCGCACAUAUAUCUAGUACUGUCGCGCUCAUGGCUUUGCUGUAUAGCAGUGGUGGCAUUUAUAAAGACCUUAUCUAUGGUGGAUUCCUUCUCAACCUCACUCCAGAAGAAGAAUUCUGUUCUAGUUAUGGACUAGUCUCCUUGCCCAGUCUUAAGAACCUUGCAUUUAUAGUCAUUCCCAGGAAUAGUGCUUCUCAAUUACAAUACAAUCAGACGAAGUUAAUGAACUUACAAUGGAGAGAUGUUGAUGGUACAACAAUGAUGUACACAAAAAUACCUUAUAUGCAGCAUAGUGGAUAUAGUGUUAUCUCACAUCCUUAUGAACAGUUUGGGCUAUUUUCUGUUGGCUUUGCAAAAAUGAGUGCCUAUGGAGUACCAGGGGUGUGUCUAGAUAGAGGUAUGUAAAACACUGUGUGGGUUUUUCAUGCUGUCUCAAGAACUCUAAUCCACUCCCUGACAACAUGUCUCAGAAAAAAAUUAACAAUAAACCAAUGUGAAUAGCCCUGUACCUCGGUGAAUAAUUUGCAGAAUCACUUUUUUACUGGUUUUUUUUUAAUUUUUUUUUUUUUAUUUUUUUUUAAAUGGUGGCUGCCAUGGUGGUCUUCAUGUGUAUUCUACAUCUUGCUGUGUCUUAUAAGGAACUGUGCAGAUAUCUUGGAAGGCUUGGCAAAAUGUUGCAAAGCAAGAAUGCUUUCAAAAAUAGAAAUUGUCAUCAAUUGAUAAUGCAAAGUGAGUAAACAAAACAAUCUAAAUCAAAUCAAUAAUUGGUGUGAUCACCUAUUGCAUUCACAACCACAUCAGUUCUUCUAGGUACACUUGCAGGUUAGGGAUUUUGUAUUUAGUGUUUUGUAUUGGGCUGUUGCAAAUAUCUUGGAGAGCUAAGCCAUUCUUCACUGUAUUUAAGCCUCCUCAGUUGCUGGUCUCUUCAUGUAGUCACAGACAGGCUUCGUGUUGAGAUCAGGUCUGAGGGUGCCAUAAAAUCACACAAGGCUCAAUAUUCUUUACGUUUUAUAAGUUAAUGACUGCAGUUGUAUGUUCGGGAUUGUCAUGCUUUAGAAUAAAUUUGAGGCGUUCAGGUGCAUGAUUUAUAUCAAACAGGCACUUAUCAUACAUUUCAAAUAUUUGCUUUUAGCAGAAGACAGCUUUUUCUCCUAAGGGCUAGAGAGAAGUACAAGAAUUAGUGUUUUGUAGGUUAGUGAGGCAUGAUGGUGCAAGUUUAAGGUGACAUUUCUGCAAGUUGGGUAUUUGGUCAGAAUUAACGGUCUCCAUGCUGAGAAGUACAGGCAGAUACUCAAUCAUGUAAUACAAUCAGGGAGGUGUCUGGCCCCACAUUAAUUCUGCAACAUGACAAUGACUCCCAAACAGUCAUAGUCCAUAAGACACCGACAAAGUAUAUGGAGUCCUGGAAGUGAUGGUGUGGCAAAUCCAGAGCCUUAAUAUCUGCCUUAAUAUCAGAAGCACCUUAAAUCUACUGAACUAUGCUUGGUUCUCAAAGAUGUUUGCAACAACCGAAACAAGGUCCCUACAAACCUGUCUGCAAGUAUACCUAGAGGAAUUGACCCAGUUUUAAAGGCAAAGGGUGGUCACAUACACUGAUUUGUUUUAGAUGUUUCUGCUGUUAAAGGGAAACUCCAGUGCCAGGAAAACAAUCAGUUUUCCUGGCACUGCAGGUACCCUCUCCCUCCCAUCCCAGGUAGCUGAAGGGGUGAAAACCCCUUCAGGUCACUCACCUGAGACCCUGCCAAUGUCCCUUGGCGGUAGUUUCAGGUCGGCAUCGCUCCUAGUAAUUCAGUCAGCCAGUGGGCGAGACUGAUCCCGCCUGCCGGCUGAGGAAACCUAAUGCGCAGCAAUGCCGCACACGCUCAUUGGGUCUCCCCAUAGGAAGGCAUUGAAAGAUUUUCAAUGCUUUCCUAUGGGGAACUGAGCGACGCUGGAGGUCCUCCCACAGCGUGGGGACGUCCAGCAACGCUCUAGCAAAGAAUCUUUGCUAUGAAUCAGGAAGUGGCUGUCUAGACAGCCACUAGAGGUGGAGUUAACCCUGUGGCUUUUUUUUUUUCUAUUCUCUCCCUCCCCCCACCCCCCCCUCCUUAAAUCGGUGACCUGUUUACUCACUCAGUGCUAUUAUUUGAGAGACUUAGACACUUCAAAUAGGUCAGAACUAAAACCUGCUGAGAAUGGAUAAAGUACGAUUUGGUAACUCACCACUUCGAUUGUGUAAAAGUUAGUGCUUUCUUGAGCCAUUAGAUGAAACCUUGACAACUCUUGUAUAAGAUGUCUACAAUACAAAACUAAAAUACUGUCCAGGCUGCCUCUGCUUGAUCUGUAUCCAAUAUUACACCACCAACCCUGUGCCUGUGCACUCUGAACUUGUACUGACAGAAUAGCUUCUAAGUGUGCUUUCUAUUAAAGCUGAAAUGUAUUAUGGUACUAAAUUAAAUCUACAACUUUAAAAAAUGAACCUUCUAUGACCUAUAAAUGAGAAACUGUGGCUUGGACAAUCCAGAUUUCUGUUCUCACCCAUUAUAUUUUAUUUUUCAAUCUAGUACAAAGUCUGCACUCCAGUGUUCAAUCUAUGGAUGAGUUGCCACUCAACAGAACAGAUGGAAAAACUGUUUUUUCUCCUCUUCACCCAACAUGCAUUGCCUGGGGAAGGUCACAUUUUCGCACCUUUGAUGGGUCUUAUGUGAUCCAGUCUGGUAACUGCACAGCUGUACUCCUCGCACUUAAAGAUCAUGAAACCAGUUCUCAAUCCUUCAGCGUAGAAAGGAAAAUGAAGCCAGACAUUGCACUGAUAAUCAGAACUUCUGGCAUGACUAUUGAGAUACCAGUCAAUGAACCAGGAGAAGUAACAGUGAGUGUCUCAUCAUCCUCCAUAAAUUUGUCACCAUUGUGUCCAUGUUGAGAUGGCAAUGCCCAGUCCAAACAUGAAACAGGAGGGUUCCUAAAACUUGGUGUUUUGUGUCUGAUACGUGAUGGUAGUUCCAUCACACUACUAUAUCUUUAGCAUCUUAUCCAAUAUAUUGUAAUUGGCUUUAACUAUUGUCUAAUUUGUCUGAGGCCAGUUGCCACCAACUAUCAAACUAAAACUGAGUUGACUAUAUGUAAAUCUAAUCUAGUUAAGCAAUAAGCUGAACUUGUCAAUACAAAUUUAAAUUUCCCAUAAUUUAUUGGUUUGUGAAUAACCAUAAUUAGCUAGUCAAUUUAACCUAAUUUUGAGAUUAGCUACAGAAUACUAAAGAUUGAAAAUGGUGUUUUUUUUUUUUUUAAAUUUUUUUUUUUUUUUAAUAUUCCAUCCCCUCUUCCCUCCUAUUCCCAUUCUAUUGAGACUGAGGAUUUGGGAACACUUUAACCAGAUCUGAGUUAUACAGAGUGAGUCUAUAAUUUUCAUUUUUCUUCUUUUCAAUCUCUAGGUAGAUGGAGUCCAGUUUUACCUUCCAUUAAGUUUUCAGGAAGGUCCACUAAACGUAACACGACUUGGUCCAUUUACUGAAGCAAGCUUUUCUUUUGGGCUCAGAGUUCUGAUUGGAAAAGGAUUCCUUUAUCUUACAAUCCCCAGCUUUUCUGCACUGACUGGGCUUUGCGUGGGAUAUACUGGCAACUCUACAAAUCAAUCCAGUUUAGGACUUCCUACAGAUGAGCCUUGUGCCUCUGGCAGCUGGAGGUAUUAUGAGGAAUGCAACAGACAAAUUAGUAAUAUAACCAAUACUACCACAUCCUGUAGCUUGCUGGAAGAAUUGGACGUAUUUAAAGAAUGUUCUGAAGUUCUGGAUUCCAAACCAUUUGUUAAAAGUUGUAUGUUUGAGGUCUGUGAAAAUGCAUUUUUUGACAAAUGCAAGAUUUUGGAGAGUUAUGCUAAGGCUUGCGCAGUAGAAGGUGUAAACAUGAAUGGAUGGAGGAAUCUGGCGAAAUGUGGUAAGUCUCUUAAAUCAAUGUAUGGGUUUAUGGUCUAGAAAUGUCUCCUAAAUAAAUCGUUCUCUUUAAUAUCCACAGACCUUCAAUGUCCGUUGAAUAGUUACUAUGAAAGCUGUUCACCUUUUUCAACCUGCUUGGGUUCUCAAAGCUCGGAGUGUGACAGAAAACAAUGUUUUGAAGACUGUGUUUGUCAACCGAAUUAUAAACUCCAAAUGGGUUCAUGUACCCCCAUGGAACAAUGUCUCUGGGGAGGUAACUAUUACCCUAAUGGAACAGAACUGCUCAGCAGUAAUUGUCAAACAAUGUGCCUGUGCAAUGGUUCCACAGGAGAAGUAGAAUGCCAAAAUGUUAAUGGCUGUGAUCCUGGGUAUAUGUGUGGACUUGACAAUGACCUGUGGUCUUGCCUUGCAUUUAUAAAGGAAUCCUGCUCGGUCUAUACAAGUUCUAACUAUGUAACAUUUGAUGGACAUUUUGGCAGUAUUAUUGGCUAUUGUGACACCAAAAUGGCAGGUCUUUGUGUGCCAACUAAUGAGUUGGAGAAUUUCGAUGUGCACUUAAUUACCCAUGAAGGAGCAACACCUGGAUCAAAUCAUAUCAAAGCUGUUGAUAUCUACAUAUCUGGAAGACUGGUGACCCUCAGCCAUGUGUACAAUGGAAGAGUUGAGGUAAAUGGAGCUGGUGCUUUUUAUGCUUGUGGACUUUAUACCAUAUUUUAAUUUAAAUUUACAUUUUUGUUUUCAUUUUCCUCAUGUGUAAAAUUUGUCCAUUUUAGGUGGAUGGUGUGUUAUAUGACACACCUGUUUUACUGAAUGGUGGCGAAGUUGUAAUCUUUCAGAGUGGUCUGGGUGGAGUUAUCGUGCUUUCAUAUGAUGGUCUGACCUUCUCAUUUGAUAAUGGACAAGUCUUGGCUCUUAUUCCUAUGUCCUAUACUGGUGCGGUAUGUGGUCUUUGUGUCUCUGAGCCCACUAACCCAGAAUUGGAGAUCUGCAGGAGUGACUGCCAUAAAAACUGCAGCACAUGUUCCCUUAUGGGAAGCUACGACUUGGAUAGCUGUGGGAUGCUUGUGGAUGACAAUGGACCAUUCAGAGACUGUUACAGGAAGCUUGACACUGAAAGCUUUAUCCACAGGUGUAUUGCAGAUCUAUGUAAUGAGGAUGACCUGUGCAAAGUUCUUUCCAGCUACACCACAGCAUGCCAGGAAGAAGGAGCAGUAGUCCAUUCUUGGAGAACUGACACAUUCUGUAGUGAGUAUACUAGUACAAACCCUGGGCACACUUGCAUAAACAAGGCUUAUAGAUCUAUCCACUGAUUGAAUCAGUGUUCUAGCAAUUGCACUUGCUGGCAAUUUAAGUGCCACUUCAACACCUGUUGGCAAUAGAUAUGCAAAUGAUUGCUGCAAAAAAACUUGCAGAUAACUUGUGGUUGGAUGACUCAAGGUGCUACAGCAGUUAAAGAAAAUUAAUGUGAAAAAAAAAUCGCAGGACUGACGGUAUCCACCCACGAGUAAUUAAGGAGUUAAGUGGGGAAAUAAGUGAAACUCUGUAUUUCAUUUUUCAAGAUUCUUUUGUUUUAGGUAUUGUACCGGAGGAUUGGGGGAAGGCAGAUGUCGUUCCUAUAUUUAAAGUGUUCAGAUUCCUUGCCUGGAAGUUAGACCUGUGAGCUUAACUUCUGGGACUGGGAAAAUACUUGAAGGGCUAUUAAGGGAUAAUAUUCAGGAAUUCGUUGGGAAGAACUUUGUUCGCAAUAAUCAGCAUGGUUUUAUGAAACAUAGGUCAUGUCAAACUAACCUAAUUGCAUUCUGCAAAGAAGUAAAUAGAAGUAUAGAUCAGGGUGUUGCAGUGGAUGUGAUCUACUUGGAUUUUGCCAAGGCAUUUGAUACGGUUCCUCACAAUAGGUUAGUUUCAAACUAAAAGAAAUUUGUCUAGAUGAAUAUUCUUGUUCUUGGGUAGAACAUUGGCUUAAGGAUAGAGUACAACGAGUUGUCAUUAAUGGUAAAUUUUCAAGCUGGACAAGUGGUAAGUGGUGUCCCUCAGGGUUCUAUUUAACAUUUAUAAAUUAUCUUGAAAUAGGCAUUGAAAGCAAUGUAUCAGUGUUUGCAGAUGACACACAACUUUGUGAGCAGGAUAUUGCUUUGCUGCAGAGGGAUUUAGAUAGAUUGGGGGACUGGGCACUAAAAUGGCAGAUGAAAUUUAAAGUAGAGAAAUGCAACUUACACACUAAAUGGUAGUGAAUUAGGGAUAACCACACAUGAGAAGGAUUUGGGAAUUGUUAUAGACAACAAAUUAGUCAGCAAUAUUCAAUGUCAAUCUGCAGUUGCUAAGGCCAGUAAGGUUUUGUCAUGUAAAAAUUCUCGAUGAAAACAGUUGCCUCUUUAUAAAUUGCUGGUAAGACCACACCUUGAAUAUGCUGUGCAAUUUUGGGCACCUGUUAUAAUGGAUAUCAUGGCACUAGAAAGUGCAGAGAAGAGCUACAACAUUGAUAAAAGGAAUGGAGCAUUUUAUUUAUGAAGAAAGGUUAAAAAAAUUUAAACUUUUAGUUUGGAAAAAGGUGCCUCAGAGGGGAUAUAACAUUAUACAAAUAUAUUUGAGGCCAGUGCAAACCAUUAUCUGGAAAUCUAUUCAUAAACAGGGCUAUACAUAGGACACGAGGUCACACAUUUAGGCUGGAAGAAUAGAGAUUUCAUGUAAGUCCAUCUAAGGAAUUUGUUUUUCUUUCUAACGUAAGAGCAAUAAGGAUAUGGAAUUCUUUGUCUGAAGGUUUUGAGUCCAUACAGAUGUUUAAACAGCAAUUGGAUAAAUACUUGCAAAAACAUAACAUACAGGGAUCUAAUAUCUAAUUAGUGAGGGGAUAGCUGCUUGAUCCAAGGAUAAAUCUGACUGCUAUUUUGGGGUCAAGAAGGAAUUUUUUCCUAGUUUGUUGCAAAAUUGGAAGCGCUUCAGACUGGGUUUUUUGCCUUGUUUUGGAUAAACAGCAAAAACAUAUGUGAGGAAGGCUGAACUUGAUGGACACAAGUCUCUUUUCAGCUAUGUAACUUCACAGUAGCUGUAAAGGGGGAGACUUGACAUCUACUUCCCAUUUCCCUCCAACUGCAAAGUGGAUGUAUCAUGAAAUGAUCAAUGUCCAGAAAUGCAAUUUUUAGAUGACUCUCCACAACUUACAAAAUGGUGACCUUUGUAAUUUUCAACAAAUUUCCAGUGACUUGUAGGAGAGAGCUCAGAUUUUUAACUGAUUUUCAAGAAAUUAACGAACUAUAUAGAUCUAAAUCCUGCCACUUCUCUGCUCCUUCUUUAAAGGUAGAUAACAUGAGUACUAUUGAUGUACUUGGAUGUAUGCUUGUUCCAUAAAUCUUUAAUGCGGUUGUAUUCUGAGUAGAGGUAAUAAUGGGAAGUUGGCAAUCCAAUCUCUAGAUGAACCACCUGCAGGAUGGGCAUUAUCUGCUGCGCUUGUGGUAAGCAGACCAGCUGGCUGCGGGUAUUUGUGUAGGUUGGUGUUUACUCUGCUUUGUGCUACAUUUGCUAAAACACUUUUGACUGCAUUAUUGUGAACACUAAAAUAAUUCUGUGAAUGCAAUGGUGGGAGGAUGAAGGUGGAUGAACUGCAGAGUCAAGCAGGGAGUAUGCUUUUCUAUUCUCUCCUAGAAGUAGUGCAACGUGUUUAUUUAGCUCACAUGGUAAACUUGCUGUACCACCUCAAUGUGGAGAAAAGUUUAAUUCCACCUGCACCCGAUCUUCUCUCCUGAUGUACGCUGCCAUGAACAUUUGUUCUGUUUCUAUUAAUGUUUUGCUAUACUUUUAAUAUAAAAAUUACGACUUCUUGUUUUGCAGGUCAUCAGUGCCCACCCAAUUCUCAUUACACAGUUUGUGGCCCCAGCUGCCCUCUAGCAUGCAACAACUUCCAACCACACUUCUGUCCUCUGACUUGCCGGGAGAGUUGCUCCUGUGAUUCUGGCUAUGUUCUUGGUGGAGGAAAGUGUGUCCUUCCUGAAGACUGUGGCUGCCUAUAUAAUGGCCACUACUUGCAACUUGGUGAGGCUUUCUACGAUGAUGAUUGCUGGCAGUUGUGUGAGUGUCUCAAUGGUACUGUCACAUGCAAAGAACAAGCCUGCCACCGGGGAGAAGAAUGUGUAAUUGACAAAGGGGUGAGGUCAUGUCUUCCCAAAAUGAUGCCAGCCUGCUGGGUCACAAAUAAUCUGUAUUACCACACAUUUGAUGGUGCCAUCUUGGAUGCCAAUGGGAAUAGAAACUAUACCAUGAGUAAGCUAUGCCAACCUAGUGACCUGCUUGCGUUUGAAGUCUAUUUGCAAAGUGAGGCUGUUGAAACAAACUUCACAAUGCUGAGCACAGCCACUCUUCAUGUAUAUGGGCACAGCUUGACAGUAUCCAGGAACACUGAAGGAAUACAGGUAAGGUGGGGACGUGUGACUUGGUUUGCUUUUUGUUCCAUCGAAGUAUAGGCUAGUAGAAGAAAUUGGCUACACACAUCUCGUCUUGCAGUGUGUACGUGUUUGCUCUUUAUCCUUUGAAUAACAUCUAGAAUUCUUGCCUUAGGUCUGUCAUGUUACACCAAAUAGCAAAAUUGCAUUCACCUUGAGUUUUUUUUUUCUGAAGAAAACUAGAGCUGUCCUAUACAGUCUCUUAAUACACCAGAACUCUUAAUUUAGUAAGAAUGAUAGGGGCUUGGAAUAUGAAAACAAACAUAGGCUUCGAGAAUGAAGCUCCAGCCAUCAGCACACUUGAAACAGUUGGCUUUUACUGUGUCCAGGCAGCAUACAUGUUGACCCCUCUAAUCAAUCCUUUAAACUAAUUAAAGUGUGAUGCCAUUACAACUUUCAUGGCACAGAAGUCCUCAAAUAGAACUUUUAGGUCACACACUAGAAGGCAAGGCUUUUACCAUAACCAUAAGGCUUUUAGAGACAGUGCAGACCAUCUAUUUUUACAAGGACUUUUCUUCUAAAUUGAAUUACAAUAUCUAAGAAUUUAAUUCUUGAAAUGUGCUUCUUUCAAGAGCAGCUGUUUUAGGUUUAACAAUCUUUUUUUAAUGAUAAUUAAAGCAAAUAAAUCUAGUUGUAAAUAGUAUUCAUAUUUUGUUAGAACCAUCUCUGCAGUAGGUUUUUUCCUCAAACUAGUCUUGCUUUUUAUCUUGUAGGUAGAUGGAGAAACGCAAUACUUCCCAAUCGUGGUAGAGUUUGGUAAGAUUGUGGCUUCAAAACACGGUCCUGCCAUACAUAUAACCUCAGACUUUGGUCUCUUUAUUUUUGGUCCUUCGUGGGUCUCCCUCCAAAUAUCAGUGAGAUACAUGGGUAAUGUUUGUGGCCUAUGUGGUAAUGCAAAUGGGAAUGCCGGUGAUGACUUUGAUGCCGUAAAUGCCACAGAAUUCUUAUUGCAAUGGAUUUCUGAAGAGAUGUGCGCUUAUCCAACGAACAUGAGUGGUUGUGUAUUCAAUGAAACAAGCAAAUUUGAAGAUAAAAAUUAUUGUGGCCAACUCCUGAUGAAGGAGGGAUAUUUUAGACACUGCCAUGCUGUUAUUCCCCCAGAGCCGUACUUUAAGACAUGCAUAUUGCAUAUGACCCUGGAGAGUGGCCACGAGGAAGCCCUAAUUCAAAAUCUACAACGUUAUCGGGAUGUCUGUCUCUCAGCUCGCACAAUUGUCCACCCUUGGGGAACUGGCUCACAAGUUGAAGAUCAAAUAGGUACAAUUUCACAAUACUAGCCAUCAAUACUAGCCACAGAGGUUUUUAUCUUCUUACAUUUCUAUUCAUUGUUUCCUUUUCAGAACUUACAAAGUACCCAAUGAAAGAGAAAAGCAGCCUUAUUGAGAGAACAUCUGGCUAUAACCCUCAAAAGCGCCAACAUUGUUUCAUCUUUCAGAAUAAUUAUAUUCCUUUUGGUGGUCUAACAUUUAAAGAAUUUGCUGGGUCUUCCAAUGUGUCUCUUGUCCAGUUUUGUCCUGAAGAAAGCAAUAUAACCCAUGAAUACUUUGCUGUUCAUUAUAUGUAUAGUGAUACAGAGAGUAGGGGACAGCUCUGGUUUAGAGUGUAUGGAGUGGACAUAGUCUUGGAUAAUCAAGAACCGUUUAAUGUUUGGGUAAGUGUGUUCUACUUGGCCAACAUAAAUGGUGUGGCUUUUUUUUUUCUCUUCCCUUCCUCCUGCCUUUUCCUUCCUUCCUCCUCAUUCUCUUUAAAAACCCCUCUGACCAAGGGGGCAUUGGCCUAGAACUUGCUGCUUUAGAUUCUUAUAGCGCUUACUGAAUUCUGCUCUUCCUCGAUCUGCCUACUUAACUUUUUUUUUUUUGCUUUCUGGUAGAUCAAGUGCAGACUGUAAAUUUACCUCAUUAAAGUCAAAUGGAUGAAUGUAUUCAACCUUUCUGAAACUGUCUAAUACAGUGUCUGUUAUAAUACUGAACAGAGGUUUUUGUUAUGCAGGUAAAUGGGAUGUUCAUCGAUCCACCAGCCGUUAUUCUUCCAGGAAAGGUUUGGCUGAAUCAGAAUGGCCUCCUAUUAACUCUGGAGACUGAUAUUGGUUUAUCUAUCCUGUAUGAUGGACAACUUAUCUUAAUAUUAUUUCCUGAGAACUUCCAUGGUUCUAUCUGUGGGCUCUGUGCACAAACAAACACCAGUGAAUUUUCAACCCCAAUCACACCCACAAGUGCUAAUUCUUGGAGAUGUAAUGGUUCGGCAUCAAGCGAUCCCAGCCUCUGUCUGUUACUAUUGGAUGAAAGGGGCCCCUAUGGAGCUUGCCAUGAUGUCUUCAGCCCAUUCGCAUUUUAUGACCUAUGUCUUGCCCAACAGUGCCGAUAUGAUGGGGAUAAUCUGUCAGUUUGCCAGACUCUCCAUGAUUAUGCCAUGAUAUGCCAGUCACAAGGUGUCUCUGUCCAGCCCUGGAGAAAAAAUGACUUUUGCCGUAUGUUUUUGACUGAUUAAAUUCAGGCUAUUAUAAUUCAAACCAGUGGUGUAUCUAGAGGCAGAUCUUACAAUGCACUAGACAACAAAUAGUGACUUGAAAGCCACGUUGGGAAAAAAUUGAUCUAAAAUAGAGGAUUGGGGGGGGAACAAACUCCAUCUCUGCUGUAAGCACAGCUUUACCAUUUUGGCCUAACUUUGCCAUUAUGGUCUUUCAGUUCUUAUGACUUUUGAAGUAGGAGUUAAAGGCACCCAAACCAUUUCGGCUCAUUGAAGUGGUCUGGGUUCAAUGUCCCAAGUCUCUUAAUCCUGCAGUAGUAAUUAUUGCAGUUAUUGAACCUGCAAUAAUUACGAUCUACGAUUUAACUCCACUUAGUGGCUGUCUACCAGACCGCCACUAGAGCGACUUCUGGGUUGUUGGGUGACUUUUUUGAUUGUCUAACUGACAAGUUGGUUUCUGGCACUAUAGUAUAACUUUAUGGAAGUUAAAACUUGUUAAACGUGUGCUGUGGUUAAGAGCAAACCCUCACGACUAGUUUCCGAAUGAAGUGUUUUUGUGUCCUAGCUUUCCUGUGUCCUUUGAGAAGUGUGUACACACCCUGUGUGAGGCCCUGUGGUGACCGGUGUAUUGGAGAUGGCUGCCUUGCUCAUUGCAUGGAGGGGUGCAGCUGCCAGGAAGGCUUGGUGUGGGAUGGCUUGGAUUGUGUGGAUGCAAUUUUUUGCCUACAAAGUACUAAAGAAGAGGUAACUGUUCCUAAUAACGUACAUGUGAAAUACAAUUGUCUUGUCUUUAAAACAUUACUGGUCCUGAAAAGGUCUAAAAACGAUGUUAUUUACUUUAUUCUCCUUGCAGCUGGUGAUUUAUGAGUCUACGGAAAGAAAUCAGCAUCUUGUCUGUCAGCAGAAUGAGACUUCUCAGGCCUGUCUGCAGUGUAUAGUAAAUUCUACUGAAAUCACAUCGUUCGGUAACUUCUCCAGAUCUCUGAAUUACAAUGGCACGUAUGACAUCCUAAAAAUCUGCAAUUAUCUCUCAAAAAUCUGGUUAAGAGUUGUGCUGAAAGUCCACCAUGGUGUACCAGGAAAACUUCACAUUUUCUUCCAGAAUAGCUUUGUCACGAUCACAAACUCUCUACAUGUAUGGGUGAGUCACUUAGAUACCACUUCCUUCAAGGAAACCGUGUAUUGUGAAAUAAACCUAACAGCACUUUGUCUCCCACGUCUCCUAGGUAAAUGGUAAGCAGGUGUGGCUGCCUUUUGCUGGACCUUCAAACUCCUUUAUUAAGUAUUCAGAGGGACUGGUGUCCUUUAUCUCGCCUGGUAUCAUGGAUAUAACGUUGAACCGUUGGGGAGAUGUUCACAUUACCAUGUCACAUGACUUCCCCCACUUGCUCUGUGGUGUCUGUGCCAGCCUUAAACAUGGGCAUUCGCUGGACAGCUGGAGGGCUGAUGACUUGUCCUAGUAAUGUUUCAGUGGCGUCCUGUUGCCCAUCGGAUGUUGCAGGUUUAUAGUUCAGUUUCUCCUAUGGACAUGUGCUUCCUGUAAUCAUUCCGUUUACAGCACUCUUGUAACAUGCUUGUAUUAAUAAAGUAAGAUUCUUAUAAAAAUAAAACUUGGAAAGAUUAUCAAGUCACUUUUUUUUUCAUAUUCUUUGUUACUGUUGCAUUUCUGGAAGUGGUCCUAACUUUUAAUGGGAAACUAUCAAUAUUUAGAGCCGAAUAAGAAACAAAUUGUUCAAAGGCAAUCAAGUUAUCUGGAGAUUCAGUAGACUUUAACAUUCUUGUCGUCUUUGAAAUGGACUUUAAAGGGACACUAGUCACCAGAACUACAGCUUAUUGUAUUUGAUCUGGAAAGUGUAGUCAAUCUCUUCAGGCUUUUUGCAAUAAACAGUAUUUUUAGAAAAAUACAGAGUUGACAUUACAGCCUAGUGAUACCUCCACUGACCACUCCUCAGAUGGCUACUGGAGGUGCUUCCUGGGGCAGUGCUGCACAGUCUGACUGACAUUCAUUGUCUCCACCCUCUGCAUGCAGACACUGACCUUUCCUUAUAGGGAUGCAUUGAUUCAAUUCAUCUAUGAGAUGAUGCUGGUUUGCCAGGGCUGUUUGGCCUGUGCUGGCUCUGCCCCUGAUCUGCCUUCUUGAGUGUCAGCCAAUCAUAUGGGGAAGCAUUGUGAUUGGCUCAGGCUACCACUUCUGAUGUUGGCAAGGAGGCAGGUCAGGGCAAAGCCAGCAGGAGCAGGCUGGAAUAGGUAAGGUUAAGACUUGACUAUUUCUGGAGGCAAAGAGGGGGGUCAGGGAAGGGCUAGAUAGUAGGUUUUUUUUUUUUUUUUAAACACUACUAACACAUACAUGUUUGUGUUCCUGACCCUACAGUGUUCGUUUAAAUCUAAAUCUAUUUUAAAUCGGUCAUUGAACUGAAACCUAUUGGGAUAAAAUGGUAACCCAGUGCUAUAUGUUGGUCUCUAACUUUCAAUUUCUUUAAGAAGAAUGCUGGCUUUAACUAGUAAUCGGAGUGGUUACAGCAGAUUGGUUUAUCCAUCAGUUUCUGCAAGUUGUUGUGAUUAAAUUUAGUGGGGGUGUUUUUGUUUUGGUUGGUUUUUUUUUUUUGGUAUCUUUGCAGCUCAGCUGGUGUUUUAUGGUCUGUAUUGGGAAGUGACUUCUUCAAAGCUCACAGAGCCAAGGUUCACCUACUUACAAUAUCUAUAUGGCCAGUCUAGGAUGAUCUAUCCAAAUAUUGAUAUUACUGAUUCCUUCCUGUGAGCUAGCAAUGUAGUGGGAGGUUGGAGGAUGGAUAGAAUCGUUCCAUUUAAAGUUGAAAUAGUAGUUUGUGCUUUGUUUAAGGCACACGGUUUAGGGUUCUGUAAAAUGGCACAGAAUUGCAUGAUUUUGCUAUUACAUGAUAAGUUAUGAUUUUAUUAAAUACACGGAGGAGAGUAUUGCAGAUCCCUUUCUUUACUGUUCAUCAAUAGCAGCAAAGGAUAUAAACCAUGAAAAAAAAAAAAUGAACAUACAGUGACAUAGGCUCGUCCCAGUAUAAUAGGCAGCACUUCCCUUCCAUUUCCCUCUUUCUGAAGAUGUAACACUAUACAGAGUCCAAAACAGGAACAGCAAUAUAGUCCAGAGAUAAACAAAAAUGUAGAAACUUCAACCCUAGAGGAGGAUCAUAACAUCAAUUAACAUGGAAGCACAACUUGAUGACUGACGAAACUGUAUUCGCAUGAAGAGCUCUUCACAUGCCGAAACCAGACAUUCCACCGGAGCGCAUUAGGCUGUGAAAACAAAGAACAGGAGCCCAAGGUUGAAAUCGGUAUUUAAGACUGACAUCAAGGCCCCACCAAUAUCUAGAGAGAAGUAACCAAAUAGACCCAAACUGACAUAGUUACAAAGUCAAAUCCCUUCCAACACAGAUCCCACUUACUGUACCAAUCAAAGCGAUACAUGUCACCUAUAUAUUGAAAUAAACUGGGUGGGAACAAACAAGUCAUAACCUGAGCAGUAUAAAAUGGGUGGGACAAUACUCGUCUCCGUGUCUUUAAUAAAAUAAUGACUUUUCGUCAUGUAAUAGCAAAAUCAUGCAAUUUUCUGACAAGACACAGAGGCUCAUAUUGCAAGUUUAAAGCUGAUCGACUACUGCCGCAAACGUAUGAGGAACCGGUCUGAAGUAGAAUUCCCGAAAAAACGAUUCCCUCGACCAGUCAGCCAUCUUCAUGAGGUCCUCCAGGCGCGAGCCUGAAGCCAUCAGUGAAGAUGCCAAGGCCCCCCUGAUCGAAUGGGCACCGAAAAUCGCAGUGUCAAUACCGGCUUGAGAGAGUAGCCAUUUAACCCAUCGAGACAAAGUGGUGCUAGUUAUGGGUUGAAACGGCGGACGGGUAAAUAGAAAUACAUAGGGGGAGGAUGCGAAAUGGUGUAUCCUCAUAUGCGCGUAGGCAAGCCACCGGACAUAGCACCGGUGUAGUGGGGAAGCUCGGAUAAAAUACUGACCUAAUAGACUUUUUGGUGCGUCUGCUGAUAUUGAAUGUCACUCCUUCUGGGGUAUAUGAUCUGGCAUUAAAGUCCAGUGCUCGGACAUCCGAGACCCUCUUACAGGAGAUGAGACAAAACAAACAGACCAACUUGGCUGAUAGUUGUCUUAGGGAGAGCGCGGAAUUAGUGGACCAAGAAGCGAGGAAGGAUAACACCACCGAUACAUCCCAGGUCGCAGUGUAGCGCGGUCUGGGCGGCCGAGAGAGCUGAGAACCUUUGAGGACCCGGACACCAGGGGGUGCUGGCCCGCCGGGCAUCCAUCGAACCCCUGAUGUGUUGAGGAGAUGGCCGACCGAUAUAGGUUGAUGGUCCUGUAUGCCUUACCUGCUUCAAAAAGUCAGGAACUGUAGGACCGCAGAAUGGGGUCACUAGGACCAGUUCGGCCUGAUAUCUGCAAGAGUGUAGAAGGGUGCGAGGGAUCAUGGAGAAUGGGGGGAAAGCAUAUAGGAGGUCUCCGCUCCAAACCUUUAGGAAGGCGUCCACUGCCUCCGCCGCAUUUGGAGGCCCUUCUUUUCCACUAGGAAAAUAUUGCUUACGAACCCCAUGGAGCCCGGGGGUACCCAUUCUAUUGCUCUCUUGGUGAGAUGGCCGACCAAUAUAGGUUGAUGGUCCUGUAUACCUUACCUGCUUCAAAAAGUCAGGAACUGUAGGACCGCAGUUACAGGGGCUGAAACGGGAUUCAUGUCUCGAGCCAGGCACCAACGAGCCCAAGCUCGCCAAGCUGACCCAUAUGCCCGUCUAGUGCCGGGAGCCCAUGCCAUUGCCAGUAGGCGUCUAGUAGUGUCCGAAACUCCCUGGACCUCCCAGGGUCCCCUGAAAUCCGCCACGCCAGGAGCGGGAGGGAGCCCUCUAACCGGAGAGGGUGGCAACACCCUAUCGGAUCCAGUAGAAGUUCCUGGGAGGGUGGCAACAGUCUGGGAUAAUCCACUGUCAUCCCGAGAAGUUGAGGGAACCACGAUUGUGUUUCCCAGAAUGGGGUCACUAAGACCAGUUCGGCCUGAUAUCUGCAAGAGUGUAGAAGGGUGCGAGGGAUCAUGGAGAAUGGGGGGAAAGCAUAUAGGAGGUCUCCGCUCCAAACCUGCAGGAAGGCAUCCACUGCCUCCGCUGCAUUUGGAGGCCCUUCUUUUCCACUAGGAAAAUAUUGCUUACGAACCGUGUGGAGCCCGGGGGUACCCAUUCUAUUGCUCUCUUGGUGAGAAGCGAGGAUAGCUCAUCAUCGAUCGACCUGCGAUCCCAGAGGGAGAAGCAGAUCGGUCGAGGAGGAGGGAUAGUUACAGGAUUCCCUACAAGGUCUAUGUGGAAACCUCGAAUGGUGUUUAGUACCCAGGGGUCGGAGGUUAUCUGUGCCCCGGUUGGGAAAAAAUGUUAGAGUCUGCCACCUACAUAAACAUGCAAAGAAACAUGAGGUAUGAGUAAACUCCCCAUAGUUACCACAGAAGCCUCUGGAUCGCCACGGGCGUCCGCGUGAUGGGAAGAAUGGGGAAUGGGCACUUGUCUUCUGGAAGUUGGGGCAGUGCUCAAAAGAGCCCCGUCCCAAGCCACGGGACUGAAAGUAGGACCGGCCAAACAGACGGCUCCUGAAUCUGCUGGCCCUGGUGGAGACCCGUCCCUGAAAAACCCAUCUCAUGGAGGCUUGGGCCUUGGGCCUUGUCAAGGGCCGUAAAUGCCCCCACAAAGCGCCACAGGUCUUUUAUGAAGGAGUCGCCAAAUAGUAAUCCUUGGGCGUCCUUCCCAGCCUCUGUUAGGGCAAGGUUGGCCAGUUUAGGCUCUAUUUUAAACAAAAUGGCUUUAUGCCGUGCAAUAGAGAGGGAGGUGGCCCUUUGGAGCCAACCAUGGGGGUCUUCGGGGUCAACCAUACGGUUUCCAGCUCUGGCAUCCUCCGCCAGUUUGAAAAGUUUUGCCAGUGGACCAAAUAUGUCUAAAUGUUUAUCCUGGCAUAUUUUCAGGGCAGAGUCUAGGCCCUUACGUGGGUUCCAGCCCAAUUUAGUUAGGAACUUGUCAUUUUCUGAUCAACUUCAGGGGUAUCUCAGACUUUAUUUGGCACCGUAGGCCUUGGGCACUCUGCCCUCAGUUUGUUCCAUGCCGCUUUACUUAGCGGGUGUCGUACUCAAUUUUCAAGGUACUUGGCUACAUGGUCCGCUGGGAGCCACUCCGCUGACCUCGGAUGGUGAAACUCAUCCGGGUCGAAGAGAGGUUCGCCCAACGGAUCCAAGGAUUCUACCUGGUGCUCUUUUGCGUGGGUGGGACACGCUUUCUGGGGCGACCACAGGUACGCCAGUUGUAACAGUUCUGGAGGCAUAGGGGUGUUUGGACUUUUGGGUCGCCUUCUUGGGUGUUCCCUCAGACAGGUCCACAGUGGGACGCAGAAGAGGUGUCGUGGAACCUGACAUUUGCGCGUCCAAAGGACGUGGUAGGAGGGCCUGGGAGAUGGUAAGGGAGAGGGUAGAAGACAUGGACCUCAUGGCUGCCAUGAUGGCAUCUGUCAUCGAGCGCUGUAGCACCAAGAAUUGGUCCCCUUCGGGUUGGGUGGGUCUAUCUGCCAGAGUAGAUGGCGUGUCAUAAAUGACAGGGGUCUCUCCCAGAGGCAAAGGGGCAUCUAUCACCCCAGAGGGUGGUGAGCUGGAAGGUAUCCUGGGUUUGGGCAUAUUGGAUGCAGCUCAAUAUUCCUACUAGUGAGUUACAGGGUAGUAAGGGUUAGUCACCCAAACUAUAGGGAAAGAGAAUGAUAGGGAUCUCACCGGGGUCCAGAUCAGAGGCACACAGACACACACAAGGUAGUAUGAGAGACAGGAAGUCGGAAAAUGACCGCCGUGAGUCUUGCGAGAUUCACAGUAAAAACCAGUGAAUUUGUCAAUAGAAACGAACCGAACGCGUGGUAAAAUAGGUGAAUUUGUGCGAAGAAAACAGACAAAUGUAAAACAGACGAAUGAGUAAGCUGCACGAACCAAUUAGUUUAACACGGCAAAUAGGCGAAUGUUGCUAUAUGCCGGUGAAACUAACGAAUGGUCUGUGUUCGUGAAUUUAGCCAGAUGGCAUGAUUCAUGCACAAAACAGCCGAACAGAACAGAGAAAAGCAGCGCAAAAUGGCGCCCGAGGACAGGGAGAGGAGAGAUGGCGAGAAAAAAGAUGAGAUAAGAGCAAAUCAUAGAAAAGCCAAACUGAGAGUGCACAGAUAUAUAUUUCACACAGGAGGUUUGGAACCCUGGGACACAAAAAUAUGUAUAUACAGACAUACAAUAACAUAAAUAGAUAAACUGAGGAGAAAAGAUUCCUGAAUAGAAUCAAAUAAAAGAAUAGUAUUGAAUCUGUCAAUAAAGAAGAAACAAUAGGACAAUAAAUGACAAUAAAUAGCAGAAUAACAACCAUAACUGACAGAAUAAACAAGUAAUCAAUGAGAGGAAGAUGUGAGCUGUUACUUAUCUUUGGAGCAGCAAAGAAAGAGGGAAUGGAAGGGAAGUGCUGCCUAUUAUUCUGGGACCUGAGUGGGAGGGGCCUAUGUCACAGUAUGUUUAUUGUUUUUUCAUUCUGUUUGUAUCCUUUGCUGCUAUUGGUGGACAGUAAAGAAAGCGAUAUGCAAUAUGAGCCUCCGUGUCUUGUCAUAAAAUCCAUAAUUCUGCAGUUUUACCGUGUGACAUCCGGGAAAAGUUUUAGACUAUGGGGUAUUUACCUGCCUUUAGUAUGAUCUAUACCAAGACUCAUAUGGCAGGAACAACAAUCCACAACAUUGAGCAAAGUACACCAAAACCAAAGUGGCCGCUUUACGCUGCGAUUCUCGUAAAACCCAUUUUGAAAUGUGUUAAGUGAAAGGUAGGUGUUACUGGGUUUGUGCGGUAGGUGUUUUCAGGGUAGUUAGCACUCAGGGAGGUAAGUGAGUACUAAGUUCAUUCAUUGCCAAGUAUAAUAGAUGACCAGGGUUUGUAAUCCGUGACUCUGUGAUUAAUGGAGUUAUAACCGUAGCCAUCACACUAGGGACAGCGGCUGCUCACCGCUCGCCUGCUAAGCAUUGCAUGGUUUGCAUUUUUGCAGAAAGCGGUUUAUCGUCUCGUAGCAACAAACACACAUUUUAUGGUCACGUUCAGACGUUUCUGUUCUCUGGCUUACUAAUGGGGAACUUCUGAAACUGCAGUCACCGCAUUCUCCACUUCCUUCGUUAAAAUGGGGGAAGGUUAUCACGGCUGACACAAAACAACCCACGGACUGACUUCUCACAAUGCUCAGCCAGGCUGUCAAAUUUAAGAGCAGCAGUGAGUUUUGCUGUUUAGCCCGUCUGAAUGUGAAGAUAAUUGCCAACUGUCCAUAUUUAGGCACAAAUCAAUUUUUAUUUAAUUUUUUUGGUGUCUGUAUAAAGGAGCUCCACAGCAAUAAUACUCCCAGUGAUGUAUCUGUGUGUAUAACAGUGCCCCACAGUAAUAAUACUCCCAGUAAUGUGUCUGACUGUAUAACAGAGCUCCACAGCGAUAAUACUCCCAGUGAUGUGUCUGAGUGUAUAACAGAGCUCCGCAGUAAUAAUACUCCCAGUAAUGUGUCUGAGUGUAUAACAGAGCUCCACAGCAAUAAUACUCCCAGUAAUGUGUCUGAGUGUAUAACAGAGCUCCACAGCAAUAAUACUCCCAGUAAUGUGUCUGAGUGUAUAACAGAGCUCCACAGCAAUAAUACUCCCAGUAAUGUGUCUGAGUGUAUAACAGAGCUCCACAGUAAUAAUACUCCCAGUAAUGUGUCUGUGUAUAACAGAGCUCCACAGCAAUAAUACUCCCAGUAAUGUGUCUGAGUGUAUAACAAAGCUCCACAGCAAUAAUACUCCCAGUAAUGUGUCUGAGUGUAUAACAGAGCUCCACAGCAAUAAUACUCCCAGUAAUGUGUCUGAGUGUAUAACAGAGCUCACAACAAUAAUACUCCCAGUAAUGUGUCUGAGUGUAUAACAGAGCUCCACAACAAUAAUACUCCCAGUAAUGUGUCUGAGUGUAUAACAGAGCUCCACAGCAAUAAUACUCCCAGUAAUGUGUCUGAGUGUAUAACAGAGCUCCACAGCAAUAACCUCCUAGUAAUGUGUCUGAGUGUAUAACAGAGCUCCACAGCAAUAAUACUCCCAGUAAUGUGUGAGUGUAUAACAGAGCUCCACAGCAAUAAUACUCCCAGUAAUGUGUCUGAGUGUAUAACAGAGCCCCACAACAAUAAUACUCCCAGUAAUGUGUCUGAGUGUAUAACAGAGCCCCACAGCAAUAAUACUCCCAGUAAUGUGUCUGAGUGUAUAACAGAGCUCCACAGCAAUAAUACUCCCAGUAAUGUGUCUGAGUGUAUAACAGAACUCCACAGCGAUAACACUCCAAGUAAUGUGUCUGAUUAUAUAACAGAGCUCCACAGCGAUAAUACUCCCAGUAAUGUGUCUGUGUGUAUAACAGAGCUCCACAGUAAUAAUACUCCCAGUAACGUGUCUGAGUGUAUAACAGAGCUCCACAGCGAUAAUACUCCCAGUAAUGUGUCUGAGUGUAUAACAGAGCUCCACAGCAAUCAUACUCCCAGUAAUGUGUCUGAGUGUAUAACAGAGCUUCACAGCAAUAAUACUCCCAGUAAUGUGUCUGAGUGUAUAACAGAGCUCCACAGCAAUAAUACUCCCAGUAAUGUGUCUGAGUGUAUAACAGAGUUCCACAGUAAUAAUACUCCCAGUAAUGUGUCUGAGUGUAUAACAGAGCUCCACAGCAAUAAUACUCCCAGUAAUGUGUCUGAGUGUAUAACAGAGCCCCACAGCAAUAAUACUCCCAGUAAUGUGAGUGUAUAACAGAGCUCCACAGCAAUAAUACUCCCAGUAAUGUGUCUGAGUAUAUAACAGAGCUCCACAGCAAUAAUACUCCCAGUAAUGUGUCUGAGUGUAUAACAGAGCUCCACAGCAAUAAUACUCCCAGUAAUGUGUCUGAGUGUAUAACAGAACUCCACAGCAUAACACUCCAAGUAAUGUGUCUGAUUAUAUAACAGAGCUCCACAGCAUAAUACUCCCAGUAAUUUGUCUGUGUGUAUAACAGAGCUCCACAGUAAUAAUACUCCCAGUAACGUGUCUGAGUGUAUAACAGAGCUCCACAGCAUAAUACUCCCAGUAAUGUGUGUGAGUGUAUAACAGAGCUCCACAGCAAUAAUACUCCCAGUAAUGUGUGUGAGUGUAUAACAGAGCUCCACAGCAAUAAUACUCCCAGUAAUGUGUCUGAGUGUAUAACAGAGCUCCACAGCAAUAAUACUAAUGUGUCUGAGUAUAACAGUGCUCCACAGCAAUAAUACUCCCAGUAAUGUGUCUGAGUGUAUAACAGAGCUCCACAGCAAUAAUACUCCAAGUAAUGUGUCUGAGUGUAUAACAGUGCCCCACAGCAAUAAUACUCCCAGUAAUGUGUCUGGGUGUAUAACAGAGCUCCACAGCAAUAAUACUCCCAGUAAUGUGUCUGAGUGUAUAACAGAGCUCCACAGCAAUAAUACUCCCAGUAAUGUGUCUGAGCGUAUAACAGUGCUCCACAGCAAUAAUACUCCCAGUAAUGUGUCUGAGCGUAUAACAGAACUCCACAGCAAUAAAACUCCCAGUAAUGUGUCUGAGCGUAUAACAGAACUCCACAGCAAUAACACUCCAAGUAAUGUGUCUGAGUGUAUAACAGAGCUCCACAGCGAUAAUACUCCCAGUAAUGUGUCUGAGUGUAUAACAGAGCUCCACAGCAAUAAUACUCCCAGUAAUGUGUCUGAGUGUAUAACAGAGCUCCACAGCGAUAAUACUCCCAGUAAUGUGUCUGAGUGUAUAACAGAGCUCCACAGCAAUAAUACUCCCAGUAAUGUGUCUGAGUGUAUAACAGAGCUCCACAGCAAUAAUACUCCCAGUAAUGUGUCUGAGUGUAUAACAGAGCUCCACAGCAAUAAUACUCCCAGUAAUGUGUCUGAGUGUAUAACAGAGCUCCACAGCAAUAAUACUCCCAGUAAUGUGUCUGAGUGUAUAACAGAGCUCCACAGCAAUAAUACUCCCAGUAAUGUGUCUGAGUGUAUAACAGAGCUCCACAGCAAUAAUACUCCCAGUAAUGUGUCUGAGUGUAUAACAGAGCUCCACAGCAAUAAUACUCCCAGUAAUGUGUCUGAGUGUAUAACAGAGCUCCACAGCAAUAAUACUCCCAGUAAUGUGUCUGAGUGUAUAACAGAGCUCCACAGCAAUAAUACUCCCAGUAAUGUGUCUGAGCGUAUAACAGAGCUCCACAGCAAUAAUACUCCCAGUAAUGUGUCUGAGUGUAUAACAGAGCUCCACAGCAAUAAUACUCCCAGUAAUGUGUCUGAGUGUAUAACAGAGCUCCACAGCAAUAAUACUCCCAGUAAUGUGUCUGAGUGUAUAACAGAGCUCCACAGCAAUAAUACUCCCAGUAAUGUGUCUGAGUGUAUAACAGAGCUCCACAGCAAUAAUACUCCCAGUAAUGUGUCUGAGUGUAUAACAGAGCUCCACAGCAAUAAUACUCCCAGUAAUGUGUCUGAGUGUAUAACAGAGCUCCACAGCAAUAAUACUCCCAGUAAUGUGUCUGAGUGUAUAACAGAGCUCCACAGCAAUAAUACUCCCAGUAAUGUGUCUGAGUGUAUAACAGAGCUCCACAGCAAUAAUACUCCCAGUAAUGUGUCUUAGUGUAUAACAGAGCUCCACAGCAAUAAUACUCCCAGUAAUGUGUCUGAGUGUAUAACAGAGCUCCACAGUAAUAAUACUCCCAGUAAUGUGUCUGAGUGUAUAACAGAGCUCCCCAGCAAUAAUACUCCCAGUAAUGUGUCUGAGUGUAUAACAGAGCUUCCCAGCAAUAAUACUCCCAGUAAUGUGUCUGAGUGUAUAACAGAGCUCCACAGCAAUAAUACUCCCAGUAAUGCGUCUGAGUGUAUAACAGAGCUCCACAGCAAUAAUGCUCCCAGUAAUGUGUCUGAGUGUAUCACAGAGCUCCACAGCAAUAAUACUCCAUGAUAUACCGCCCCUUCAACAUAGUGGUGCUUGGGCAGAAUUAGGGAAAUGAAUUAUUGAUAUGUUACUUUAUGGAGUUUUAGAUAAUGUGUCAAUUGUACAGCAUAAACACAUAAUCAGAAGAAUUCUUGUACUUGUGUAGAAGAGGGGAAUUUGUCAGCCUCUACCCAUCAACCUCAGCCAACACUCAAAGUGCCUGUACUAGGAUAACAAACUACUGCAGGCACACCCUGUGCUUGAUCUUAAUGAAGGUCCCCGUUCCAGCAAUGGUACCAGUCACAUAGCACCAAUUACUGAAACCAUUUCGGUCGAAAUCUUCCCCGUCACGGUAUUCUUAGAGGAAAUGUCUGUCAAAUGUAAAUAAUAACACGGGCUCAGGACUCCGCAUUCUCACUGAAACCGUUCUCGAACUCCUUGUGACAGCUGUAGGAUAAUCUGAAGAGAAAUCCGAUAUGUUGAUGAAAAACCCUAAACAAAUAUGAAUUGAACAUCAUUGUGCAUUAAGUGUUAGAACAGCUCUGUUAACGUUCUUUAUUCCCCAUUGUAAUAUUACAGAAAUCCCCACAUAGCUCCCUAGCUCUACACCUAUAAUUAUCCUACACGCACCGAUCAUUCCACGCCCAGACUAUUGCAACAACUUCAUUAUUACUUGUACUAAGUCUUCAAGGAGCUGGCUACUUCUCUUUUAGAAUAGUCAUUUUUGUCUAUAGUAGCAGUUAUCUGUACUCAGCUAAAAUCACUACAGGGCUAUUCACAUCCUAUCUAUCACUGUCAAGGAGGGGUCUGGGGCCUAGUUUUGCCAGAGAUCGCAGAUUGCCUGUUCCAUGCCAUUUUAUCUACAGUAAAGAUUUGCACAAUGUCAAACAGCAGUGGCUAAGGCCAGUAAAUUUUGUCAUGUAUAAAUAGGGGCAUUCAUUCUCGGGAUGAAAAUAUCAUAUUGCCUGUUUAUAAAUCAUUGGUAAGACCACAUAUUGAAUAUUCUGUGCAAUUUUGGGCACCUGUUCUAAAGGAGGAUAUUAUGGUAUUAGAAAAAGUGCAGAGACGAGCUACACAAUUUAUAAAAGUAAUGGAGCAUUUUAGUUACUAAGAAAGGUUAAAAAAUUUAAAUCACUUUAGUUUUGAAAAACUGUACCUCAGAGGGCAUAUGAUAACAUUAUACAAAUAUAUUUGCGGCCAGUACAAAACAUUGUCUGGAAAUCUAUUCAUAAACAGGGCUAUACAUAGGACACGGGUCAUGCAUUUAGGCUGGAAGAAAGGAGAUUUAGUCUAAGGCAGUGGUUCACAACCCAGUCCUCAAGUACCCACUGACAGUCCAGGAUUUAGGGAUUACCCAAUUGUGUCUAAGGUGUUUUUUAGGAGAGAAAAAAACACUUUAGACAAAACAGGAUGAUCCAUAAAUCCUAGACUGGGUUGGGAACCCCUGAUCUAAGCCAAAGGACAUGUUUUUUUUUACAGUUAGAGCAAUAAGGAUGUGGAAUUCUCUGCCUAAAGAGGUGGUUUUAUCAGAGUCCAUACAGAUGCUUAAACUGAAAUUGGAUAAAUAUUUGCAAAAACAUAAAAUGCAGGGAUCUAAUGUCUAAUUAGUGGGGUAAUAGCUGCUUGUUCCAAGGAGACAUCUGACUGCUAUUUUGGGGUCAAGAAGGAUUUUUUUCCAACUUUGUUGCAGACUGGGUUUUUGCCUUCCUUUGGUAAAAACAUAUGUGAGGAAGGCUGAGCUUGAUGGGCAUAUGUCUCUUUUCAGCUAUGUAACUAUGUAAGCCACGACGCCCACACUUUUUUAUUGUUAACCAGGAAGAGAGCUAAUGCCUAUAUUUGAUGCCAUUGUUAUAUUUAGCUAGUUCAAAACUCUUCACAUACAUGACUCCGGUGAGGACGAGCAGACCUUCCUGUGGUUUCUGUGCUCAGAAAACCUUAAACCAUGUGUGGUUCCUGAAUCGUACCUUGGCGGGGAAUGCAGAUCCCUACACAGUGCUCCUGCCUGGGUAGCUGGUUCUCUAGGCUGAGCGCCACACUGACUAACUUACGUAAACUCCAGUUAUAUGUAACAUAAAAUUCAAAAUAUAUAUUAAUUUUAAACUUACCUGCUGACACAAUUACUUAAUAAAGAAUAAAUCGUUCAGAAUUGAAAGUGAAUUUCACACUUAGAGCUCCCAGCCAGCUGUGUGUUCAGCUUAGCUGCUCUGGUGUAAAAUGUGAAAAGUACUUUGAAUUUACAACAAUCACACUUCAGUGAAUAAUCCAAAAAGUAAUUUUUGAGAGAAAGAAUGCUCUCACACAGAGCCCGAACAAAACAAACUAGAUCCAUGAACGUAUUCGAUAUCAUGAUCAUUGUUUGUGUGACUUUCCACAAAAUCAUUUCUAAAUAAAAUCAGAAUGCAGGCAUGCUAUAAUAAAUCAAAGUGUCCUUAUCAUAUAGGGCAUUGCAUAACUCGAUUCCUCCUUCCCGCAAUAUGAGCCGUAUUGGCCAUUGUUCUUAAUGAAUGGGAGGGAUAUCAAAUGACUUGAGACCAAGUCUCCACUGUUUAAGACCAGCCCUAGAGGAAAGGGUGAGGUAAACCGGGUUUAACUGGCAAAGUCUUGAAGGCUUUAAAGGAUAAUUAAAGAUUCGCAAUAAAUCCUGCACCUGGCCUCGUUCCUAUAACAUUGUUUAGCGUUCUUGCCUCCUUUCCUCUCUGCUUAAACUGCACAUUUUCCUGGUUGUUAAACACACGUUGUGUUAAACCCCGAAGACACAGGUACCACCGCAGAGUUAAUUAACCAGCCACGAAUUGAUUGAAUUCACAUCUGGUUUCUUUAAGUUUUGUAUUUUUGUUGUCAUAUCCUCCACUACCACAACUAAACCAACGACCACAACAUGUUUGUAAUAAAUAAACGCUGUAAUUAGACAUUCAUAGACGGCACAGUACAAUAAACCAUCACAUGAGGCUAUUAUUUGGCACUUGGGGGGAUAUUAACCUGCUUAACUCCCCCUCGCGGCUGAUGCUGACAUAAUGGAACGUUUCUUUCUUUAAACUGCUUCAACCCUACUCUGCUUCAUGUGGGAGAUCUUACGAAACAGCCGCUGCUUUCGGAGACAAAACCUUUGUUUGUCGCUGUCCGUCUUGUUACUGUCGUGUGCUCAGCUUUACAGAGACAAUUACUUCUUUAACGUUUAUUUGCAUUGUGCUCGUACUGCAGCUGCAAAUAUACACAUACAGAUUAGAUCUAUUGAGUAUAAACAUAUAGAGAUCAAAUCUAUUAUAUAUUUCCUGAUUCCUGCAAUUAAUCUUUUAUCUAAACCAGAAACACAUACAGAAACAUUGCCUGCUGCAUCCACUGGCUGUUUAGUGUUCUAAUGGGAGUUACAGCAUGACGGUGGAUGCACGUCUUUAUUUAUUAGGAAGAACUUACCAACUGUUUCUAAAAAAGUGAACAUUAUUGUGGGGAAAUGCUGCAUUUCUGAAAUUGUAGUAGAUACCUGGUAUAGCCUUCCAGUGGGAGCAGUAACAGUGAUAUAGAAAGGGUAGUAGAUACCUGGAAUAGCCUUCCAGUGGAAGCAGCAACAGUGAUAUAGAAAGGGUAGUAGAUACCUGGAAUAGCCUUCCAGUGGGAGCAAUAACAGUGAUAUAGAAAGGGUAGUAGAUACCUGGAAUAGCCUUCCAGUGGGAGCAGUAACAGUGAUACAGAAAGGGUAGUAGAUACCUGGAAUAGCCUUCCAGUGGGAGCAGUAACAGUGAUAUAGAAAGGGUAGUAGAUACCUGGAAUAGCCUUCCAGUGGGAGCAGUAACAGUGAUAUAGAAAGGGUAGUAGAUACCUGGAAUAGCCUUCCAGUGGGAGCAGUAACAGUGAUAUAGAAAGGGUAGUAGAUACCUGGAACAGCCUUCCAGUGGGAGCAGUAACAGUGAUAUAGAAAGGGUAGUAGAUACCUGGAACAGCCUUCCAGUGGGAGCAGUAACAGUGAUAUAGAAAGGGUAGUAGAUAGGCACCCAGACCACUUUAUCUCAUUAAAGGACCACUAUAGGCACCUGAGGGUGGGGGCACCCUCAGGGCACCAUAGUGCCAGGAAAACGAGUAUGUUUUCUUGGCACUAUAGUGGUCCUUUAAAGUGGACUGGGUGCAGUGUCCAUGUACCUCUUAGCCCUUAGCCAGACUGCAAUGUUUACAAUGCAUUGCUAAGACUGCCUCCAGACAGACCACUAGAGACGCUUCCUGCUGUUUCAAGGAUGUCCAGCAUCUGUAAAAUCCCCCAUCGGAAUGCAUCGUCAAUGUUUCUCUAUGGGGAAGGCGUAAUUUGCGUGGGGUACUCGCCACACAUGCGCAUUAUGGUCUCUCCCCAUGAGCUGCUCUCAGCAGAGAAGGAAAUGGGACAUUGGACCUGGAAUCUGGUAAGUGAAAAAACGGUUAUUAACCCUUUAUUUGCCUGCGAAGAGGGGGGGGCGCGAGGAAGGGGGCCGAGGGACACUGUAAUGUUAGAUAUACGGUUAUUAACCCUUUAUUUGCCUGCGGGAGGGGGGGCGCGAGGAAGGGGGCCGAGGGACACUGUAAUGUUAGAUAUACGGCUUUGUAUUCCUAGCACUAUAGUGUUCCUUUAAGCAGCUCUAUACCAUUACGUGUCCUGUGGCACUCUCUGGUAAGCUGGUCUGGUGUUUCCCAGCUGUGAUUGGCAUUACCACAGCUUUAACCAGCCAUAACAGAGGAAUAGAUUGGUUUCUAAACACUGAACGUCUCACUCCUUGUAUUAUGAUAGCACAUUGGUUUUAUUUCACUCUGAUAAUCAUUUUACUAGAUCACAGCUAUUUUAAAAUAAAUCUGUCAUCGAUGCUGGCUGUGUAGCUAGUUACCCUGUUUUUAUUACUAUAUCAUGUCUGAGCGUUGCUAAUGACAGUGCUUCAUCGGUAGACCACAGACACAGAAUGCUCUAUAUAUAAGGAAGUGCCUGGAACAGUCUGAGGUUCACAAUGACUCUUCAAACAAGACACAAGUAAGUCGAUCUUCAAGAUGUGCAUGGAGGAGGAGGGGGGGGGGGCAAAAAGAAACAUCUGGGUCUCCUAACAGGUUUACCUAUGAUGUUAAUGUAGAGGAUUGUUUUGUGAUUCUUAGCUGUUCACUAGAGACUCCCCAUGGUAUCCCUGUACUUCUUAAAGGACUGGAUCCAAACGGUUUUGAUACAUAUAUAUUUAUAAUUAAUUAUUCAUCUCUUUGUUUCUUCAACCAGCUAAUUCAAAGACUUUAAAGCAGGUGCGUCAGAUGGAACCUGCAAAUUGUAAGCUACGUUUAAACCAAAAUAGCUAAAACGGAAACGUACCAAUCCAGCUGAUUUCCAACCCAUUAUUUCACAAUUUAUUUUCAGUUUGCAAUUCUGCUGCCAAGUGUCUACUUUUUUAGGGCAGAUUAAUGAAAUGGUUAUUAUUAAUUACUGUUUAUUUCAAUAAGUAUCAUAAACUCCUGUGGUUAAAUCAGGUGUUAAAUAGAUUUGAAACCCUUCUCCUUCCUGGAACUCUUCUCUGCAUUGCUCCCCUCGCUUCCUUUCCUCUGGCAUUCCAUCUAUUAUUCCUGGAGAUUUUAAUAGCUCUGGAGAUGCACCAACUAAAUUCCUCUCUAAAACCUCCUCAAAGGGACUCAUAGACUGGUCCAAUUUCCCUACUUAUCAAGUUGGCAACACUUUAGAUCUUACCUUCUUACCUCUCUCUGAUGGCCACCUCCUAAGCGGCAGUUGUUUCCAGCCCAACCACCCUUACGUCACGUGCCACAUCUUGACUGAAUGGAUACAUGACAUCCCUUGAUCUCCUGUGACUUUCUAUCAACAUCCAGCUUCUCCCCUCUCAGAUGUCCAAUGUCCUUCUAAACUAGUAACUACUCUCUACAACUCUACCCUCUCAAGUACCCUAGAUAAACUAUGUCCUAACACUGUCCUCCCUGUCCGUCAAUACAAAUUCCAAUACUGGCAUACCAAUUCCACCUGAUACCUCCAGAGAUUCUCGAGGAAAGUCACUGAAGGAAGUCUCACAGUAUGGCUGACUACCUGCACUACAAAUUUCUGUUGAAUUCCUACACCUGCACCCUCUAUGGCCAAACAAACAGACUUGACCUCACUCAUGUCCACCUUCUCCCAUGACCCCCAAAUGCCUCUUUCAUACUUCUAAUUCACACAUGCACCUAACACUGCCUCCCGUAUCUCACGGCUGUCAAUUUUGCAUCCUACCUCACUGAUCAGAUUGACAACAACAGAAAAUAAGUUUGCUUCUCCUGUCAAUUGUCCUAUUCUCUUCCUGGCUUCCUCCACAGAUAGUAUCUUCCUUCUAUGUGCACUAUUUCUGCACUUAUGCCCAGGACCGGCCUUGGAGGUGUACAAGCUUUGUGUCUUUGUGUCAGCUCCUCCAUGUGUCUAAUUUCCUUUCCCCCCCCCAUGUGUCUCCUUUCCUUCUCCCAGCCCCUCCACGAGUCUUAUUCUCUCCCUCUUAGCUACUCCAUGGCACAUUUCCUCACUCCUACCCCAGCCCCUCCAUUUGUCUAAUUUCUCCACCUCUCAAUUUGCCUCAUUUCCUCUCACCUCCCAUCGAGCCUUCAUUAACCAACUUUGUCCCCCACUCUGCCAUCAUUAACCCCCCUUACUAUCAAUCCAGCCCUCAUUAUCCCCCCUCACCACACAUCCAGCCCUCACUCCAUCUCUCACCCCCAUCCAGCCCUCAUUAACCCCCUCACCCCAUCCAGCCCUCAUUAACUCCCUCACCCACAUCCAGCCAUCAUAAACUCCUCAUUAACCCCUUCAUCCUCCUUCCAGUCCUCAUUAACCCCCUCAUCCUCCAUCCAGCCCUCAUUAACCCCCCAUUGACCCAAUCUAACCCUCAUUAGCCCUCUUCACCCUCCCAUCCAAGCCCUCUCUCUCACCACCAUCCAGCCCUUAAUCCCUCUCUCACCACCCCUUUCAUCCCUCAUAAAGCCCCCUCACUCCCCCCCAUCCAGAACUCAAUCCCUCUGUCCCCACUCUUCCCCUGUACCUUAUGUCUGUGUGUAGCGUGGUCGAGCGGUACCCAGUCUAACAGGAAGUGCUCUCUCAGUAAGCAGUUCCUGUCAGCCGUGCUGCUCGGCCAAGCUACACACAGAGAGACCAGCAGGAGGGGAGCAGCACAGCGCUCCCCUCCCGCCGGUCACCCAGCACCUGCGGCCCUGAAGUUGUGGUGGCCCACAGUUACAGGGGUUGCCGUUGUGGCCGGGCCCCCUGGAGUGACGGCCCCGGUCACAGUUGCGACCCCUGCGACUGUAGUAGGUACGCCACGGUAUCCAGGUACAUUGCCAUGGCAUGCUAUUUGACUCUGACUCUCCUUCACCCCUUGCAUAAAAUAUAUCACCAAAUCCUGUCCCUUUUACCUUAAAAACAUUUCUUGUCUUCUCUCUAUUCUCACGCAGUACGCAGGUAAGUGUCACGUAUUCAUCCGCUUAUAAAAAUGUGGUUAAUGGCAUUUACUGUCCACACAUGAAAAGUUGUGCCGAGCAGCAACCAAAUCCACAGAAGGGUUAAUGCUGAGCAGCCAUUAUGCAAAUGGAAACCUGGUAACUGCCUUUUGGGUCAAAGGCUGGUUACAGCCUAUCAGAUCUAGAGGAGGGGUAUUUAGGCCCAGUUCUCAGCCUGCUCAGUGCCCUGUCGUGGUUUCCCUUGUGGUUUUCCAAGAGCGCGUUAUUGAUUCUGGUAAUUCUGGUUAUUUGACUUUGGCAUUGUUUUUGACUUCCCUGUUUUCUGGAUCCCUGACUCCUGGCUUUUUCUUAUCGUUGUGUCUCUUUCUGUUUCCCUUGACCUCGGCUAUUCCUGACUAUUCUUUGGUACGUUAGUCCGGCCACUCUAAGGUCCGGUAUACGUUACCUAUCAGUCCUCUGUGUUACACAAUUCUACGUGCUUCAUCAUUGUGUAAUCCUGACAGUAAGACACUUGUCCAUGCUCUCUUUGUUUUCCACUUGCUGGCCUGAAAAGUGCGCAGAUUACUCCUUUACAGUCCAUAAUGAAUGCAUUGGCCAGACUCAUCUACCUUACAUCCUGCAACUCUCACAUAUUACGUCCCUGUGGGCCUCUACACCGGCUUCCUGUGCAAUUUAGGAUACGGUUCAAAAUUCUCACGCUUACUUUCAAAGCUCUCCAUAACAGUGUCUCCUCAAUCAUUAGCAGCAUGGCCUCUUCUCUCCACUGACGACCAAUUACUGACCCGUUCUUGCACUUGUACCCCAGACUCUCAUCUGCAGGACUUCUCUAGGGUUUCCUUCAGCUUAUUGAAUGACCCUUUUCUGCAGUCCUUCAAAAAAAAUGCUUAAAAACACAUUACUUUAAGUAUACCAACUCUCUGCCAUCUCCCCCCUACAGUGCUCCCUCCACCCUCCCAUGCACUUUAUCUCUCAGUAAAUAUAGAUCACUUCUUUCCCUUUGAGUAUUUCUCGAUCAUCUUUUUAGAUUGAAAGCUCAUCAUCUACUGUUUCAGUAUGUCAAUCAUGUUUUGUUAGAAUUUAGUGUUUGUCUUGUUUACCUAUUGUACAGUGCUACAGAAUAUGUUGGUGCUGUAUCAAUUAUUGUAAUAGUAAUUGUGUGUAUUUGUGUGUACAUGAAUGUCUAUUAGUGUGUACCUCUAUGUAUGUGGCAAUUUGAGAACUCACUGAAGAACCUGUAUUUUCUGAAAUGUAAUCCAAAAUGCAGAAACUUUAUGGACUAAUAUGUUUUAAUCCAUACAUAUUAAUGACAGUUUGCGUUUUAAUGAUGGACAGACUGACAGAGAGGUCAGAUACAGCCUAGAGAAUCUUUUUAGGUAGGGCCGUAUCUGGCUUUGUGUGCUCAGUGAGCCUGUGUAUAUCUGACAGUAAGCUCCUCUAUUCACAGACUCCUGGUUGGGAUUGUAGUGCUGAGCUUAUUCCCAUCACUAAUGGGUGAGUAAAAGGUUAAUGGGAACUAAUUUUAGAACAGACGCAUUUACUAUAUUUCUAAGAAAUCUUUGCCCCUUUAUAUGUAUAUAUACUUUCUCCUCAUUCCAUAUAUAUACUAUAACCCAAACCCAAAUGGACCAGCACUCUGCUCUGUUAGGAAUGUGUUGUGGGUCUAGAUGAAUAUAGGAACAUUAUAGGGUUAGGAACACAAACAUGUAUUCCUGAUCCUAUAGUGUUUAAAACACCACCUAUCCUCCCUGGCUCCCCCUUGCCUUCCGAAAUAUAGUAAAAUCUUACUUGUAUUUAAGUCUGUAGCUGCUGGCUCUGCCCCUGUCUCCCUCUGAUCUGCUCCUGUCUGCCAUCAUCAGAAAUGGUGGUCUGAGCCAAUCACAAUGCUUCUCCAUAGGAUUGGCUGAGACUUUCAAGGAGGCAGAUCAGGGGCAGAGCCAGCAUGAUUCAAACACAGCCCUGGCCAAUCAGCAUCUCCAUAGGAGCCAAUCAACAUAGGAAAGUUCAGUGUCUGCAUGCAGAGGGUGGAGACACUGAAUGUCAGUCACACUGUGCAGCAUUGCCCCAGGAAGCACCUCUACUGGAGUGGCCAGUGGAGGUAUCCCUAGGCUGUAAUGUAAACACUGCAUUUUCUCUGAAACAAACAGUGUUUACCGCAAAAAGCCUGAAGGGAAUGAUUAUACUCACCAGAACAAAUACAGUAAGCUGUAUAAUGUACAUUAAGCUGUAUACUCUACAAUAAGCUGUAUGCUAUGCAAUAAGCUGUAUACAAUACAAUAAGCUGUAUAAUGUACAUUAAGCUGUAUACUGUACAAUAAGCUGUAUACUAUGCAAUAAGCUGUAGUUGUUCUGGUGACUAUAGUGUCCCUUUAGACAUACACAGUAUAAAUAUCCAACGUAUAUCUCAUUCGCUGACGUUUCAAUGGAUUUCUCUCUUUAUUCAAUCAAACAAGGUUAAAACAGCAGUGUCAAUGUUUCAGUUCUGAUCGGAACUUUCUUCAGGACCUCAGGAUUUUCAGAAUGUUCCGACAGAAAUCCUGACUCUGCUGUUUUAAGAUUGGUUGAUAGAAUAAAGGAAUAAACCCAUGUUAAAGUCUGCAAGUGAGAUAUAUUCACAGUCAAACCCUUGUAUGCACAUUCUUCUUAUAUGUACAUUCAAUCUCUAGCCUUUAUAUAUACAUUCCUUAUUACCCUCAUUUAUAUAUAUAUACACACACACACACAAUCCCUUCCCUGGCCUUUAUGUAUACAUACCCCUUAUGUAUGCAUACCCUUAUUUUGUUUUUUCCCUAACAGCAGCCAUGGAUCCAGGUGAAGACGAUGAAGACAGUGGAAGAUCCAAUGGCUUGUCUGGUCAGUGACUGUAAUAAUGACACAUUAUCAAUAAUAGUUUAAUUAACAUUAUCCAUCCCUAUUCAGAAUAAACAUAUUAAUUACUAGAGAGUCGGUCCUGGUAUUCUCCCAUAAUUCAUAAAAUCUGGCAAAAUAACAGAGAGAAGGAAUGCACCAGCAAGGGGACAGUUUUUAAAAUACAGAUACCAAGAGAUGUGUGCUAAGUAUAUCCCAAACAUAAAACACGACAUGUCACACGUGGGCCAAACAUCUGUCCUCGGCAGCCAUUACGAUCAUAUCAAAUGCUGAUCACGGUGCAAAGUGACCUGUACAUUAAUUGUCCAUUAAAAUGCAUCGGGCUUAAUCUCUUUAACUCUGAUAGUGUUAAGGUUAAAAUAAAUAAAAAUAUCAAUAUUUAUUCUAUUGAAUUGUAUACUAGAAAUGUUUGUUUGUUUUUUGCUGAAACAUUAUACAGAUGAUUAUUUUUUUAACCAUUUAAUUGUCUUCAUUGUUUGCAUUAAUAUAACUAUGUAUGCCAAGGUGUAAUCUGAUAAAGUAAAAUUGAAGAAGUUGCGCUUAAAUAUUAAUUACAGUAACAACAUAAUAAUUGGGCUUCCUUCAUUUGAGAUAUCCACCUUUUAUAUUUACUGAUAGACUUUGCAUGGUAUUUGGUUAGUCACUUCGUCUGAAAAUAAAACGUAGUUUGUGUAGUCUGAUAGUCAUCCAUGUGGGUGACUUGGCUUGUCUGAAUAUUGAUCAAAAAAGACAUAAAAAUUGUCCAAUUAGUACUUUAUACUGCAAAAUAGAUACAUAAUAGUAUAGCAUGUAUCUAUUUUUUCUUUCUACAGAGCAUCCAAAUUAACUUCCAGACUAAUUUCUAAUUCUUGGCCAAGGCAGACACAUUAGAAAAAUGUUCCAAGUCAUAGUUUAGUGAAUGAGUUCUAAAACCUCUAAUACGAGGUCAGAACUGAUUGGGUAGAAUCACACCCCUCUAAAGGGGCAGAUUAAAUUAAGUAAAGGGAAAGAUAAUUCAUGCUAAUUGGGUCAGUGAUACAGCCACCAAAUUAUAUAAUCUAUAUAAUACCGAACUAAAACAAAGUUUCUGAAUUCUCACUGGUCACUAGAAAUGACACCUUUGUCCAGACAGUGACAUUUUUUUAAAAAUAAAUCUUUAUCUAUAGAACAUUGUGUCACCCAAGACAAGCAACAAAACCAGGAAUGUAAUCACCUUUGUAGCAAUUAAAAUGCAAAACUCUAACACUGUAAAAAACAAAAACAAACUAACACUUAAAGAAAACUGUAACACUAACAAAACUAACGAGGCAACUACCACUCUGCAGGACACUCUGUCAUUUAUCCUGUCCAUUCUCCUGUCUCCCUUCCUUAUUGUUUACUAAAAUAAACUGUAACACUGUAAAAUAAAAACUAAAUCUGUAAAAUAAAACUAUAACACUAAAAAAUAAACUGUAACACUGUAAAAGAAAAUGUAACAAUGUAAGAAUAAUAAUAUUAAUACUAUAACUUUGUAUUGAUUUAUUUUAGUGAAGAAGAUUCAGGUUUAUUGAACUAUAAUUAUCUGUUCCUUUUACUUUCUCUGUACUGCCUCUCUUUGUUGCGCUCUCUCUCUCUCUCUGUGUCUCUGUUGCUCUCUCUCUCUCUUGCUCUCUCUCUAUUGCUCUCUCUCUCUCUCUUUGUUGCUCUCUCUCUCUUUGUUGCUCUCUCUCUCUCUUUGUUGCUCUCUCUCUCUCUGUUGCUCUCUCUCUCUUUGUUGCUCUCUCUCUCUGUCUCUGUUGCUCUCUCUCUGUCUUUGUUGCUCUCUAUCUCUCUCUUUGUUGCUCUCUCUCUCUCUCUCUCUUUGUUGCUCUCUCUCUCUGUCUCUGUUGCUCUCUCUCUCUGUUUCUCUCUCUCUUUGUUGCUCUCUCUCUCUCUCUGUUGCUCUCUCUCUCUGUUGCUCUCUCUCUCUCUCGGCUCUCUCUCUCUCUUGUUGCUCUCUCUCUCUGUCUCUGUUGCUCUCUCUCUGUUGCUCUCUCUCUCUCUCUUUGUUGCUCUCUCUCUGUCUGUUGCUCUCUCUCUCUCUGUCUCUCUCUCUCUUUGUUGCUCUCUCUCUCUGUCUCUGUUGCUCUCUCUCUCUGUUUCUCUCUCUCUUUGUUGCUCUCUCUCUGUCUCUGUUGCUCUCUCUCUCUCUGUUGCUCUCUCUCUCUCUCGCUCUCUCUCUCUUUGUUGCUCUCUCUCUCUGUGUUGCUCUCUCUCUCUGUUGCUCUCUCUCUCUCUUUGUUUGCUCUCUCUCUCUCUGUUGCUCUCUCUCUCUCUCUCUCUCUCUUUCUGUUGCUCUCUCUCUCUUUGUUGCUCUCGCUCUCUGUCUCUGUUGCUCUCUCUCUCUGUUGCUCUCUCCCUCUCUCUCUUUGUUGCUCUCUCUCUCUCUGUCUCUGUUGCUCUCUCUCUCUCUCUCUGUUGCUCUCUCUCUCUUUGUUGCUCUCUCUCUCUCUUUGUUGCUCUCUCUCUCUCUCUCUGUCGCUCUCUCUGUCUCUUUCGCUCGCUCUCUCUCUCUGUUGCUCUCUCUCUCUCUUUGUUGCUCUCUCUCUCUCUCUUUGUUGCUCCCUCUCUCUCUCUCUUUCAAGGUUAUCACUGAAGUGAGACUUCAAUUCACUUCAAAUUUAAAGUCAAAACAGUCAAACUGGAAAAAAUCUCUACGUCACCUGCUUCCAAUUCAGUAACAUUGAAUUCUUACUUUAGUGAAUAACUCAGUUUGUGUUUCUCUCUGAUUGUGUUUCUCUCUGAUUGUGUUUCUCUCUGAUUGUGUUAUUUUGUUUGUGUUGCUCUCUGUGUUUCUCUCCCUUUGUGUGUUUCUCCCUUUGUGUGUUUCUCUCUCAUUGUGUGUUUCUCUCUGUGUUUCUCUCUGAUUGUGUUUUGUUCUGUUUGUGUUUCUCUCUCUUUGUGUGUUUCUCUCGUUGUGUGUUUCUCUCUCUUUGUGUGUUUCUCUCCCUUUGUGUGUUUCUCCCUUUGUGUGUUUCUCUCUCUUUGUGUGUUUCUCUCUGUUUUCUCUCUGUUUGUGUUUCUCUCUUUGUGUGUUUCUCUCUGUUUGUGUUUCUCUCUGUUUGUGUUUCUCUCUUUGUGUGUUUCUCUCUGAUUGUGUUUCUCUCUUUGUGUGUUUCUCUCUGUUUGUGUUUCUCUCUGUUUGUGUUGCUCUCUGUGUUUCUCUCUCUUUGUGUGUUUCUCCCUUUGUGUGUUUCUCUCUGUGUUUCUCUCUGAUUGUGUUUUGUUCUGUUUGUGUUUCUCUCUGUUUGUGUUUCUCUCUGUUUGUGUUUCUCUCUGUUUGUGUUUCUCUCUUUGUGUGUUUCUCUCUCUUUGUGUGUUUCUCUCUCUGUGUGUUUCUCUCUCAUUGUGUGUUUCUCUCUUUGUGUGUUUCUCUCUCUUUGUGUGUUUCUCUCUCUGUGUGUUUCUCUCUCAUUGUGUGUUUCUCUCUUUGUGUGUUUCUCUCUCUUUGUGUGUUUCUCUCUCUUUGUGUUUCUCUCUCUUUGUGUGUUUCUCUCUGUUUGUGUUUCUCUCUGUUUGUGUUUCUCUCUGUUUGUGUUUCUCUCUUUGUGUGUUUCUCUCUCUUUGUGUGUUUCUCUCUCUUUGUGUGUUUCUCUCUCUGUGUGUUUCUCUCUCAUUGUGUGUUUCUCUCUGUUUGUGUUUCUCUCUGUUUGUGUUUCUCUCUGUUUGUGUUUCUCUCUGAUUGUGUUUCUCUGAUUGAAUUUUUCUCUCUCUUUGUGUGUUUCUCUCUUUGUGUGUGUGUCUCUCUCUCUCGCUUUUUGUGUCACUCUCUGUAUCUCCCUCUCAUUGUAUUAAGUAACAGUCCAGCCUGGCCCUGUCCUCAAAUUCUUUAACUGAUAUAUUUGGUGUUAGAUCCUACAGAUAAUGAAAGUGGUUCUGGAUCUGAAGAAACCUCAAGUGAGUAAACACAAGAUUUAAUUCCAAGUUAGCUUCAUACAUUUUUCUGUUUGUUUGUUUUUUUUCUGAUUCAUACUUCUGGAAUCUGAGUGUAUUUAUAACAUAAAAGAAUGCUAACAUUGUUUCCUUUAACCCUUUUCUGCAUUAUAGCAUUGCGUGUACUGUCACUUUAACACCAUAAAGACACACAAUGGUGACAGUUACCGGACAAUACUUUGUCCUAACUAAACAUAUCAUAGUAUAAUAUAAAUAUCAAAUUAAAGAAAAUGAAUUCUACAAAAUGUCCGAUCCAGCAUCACUCGAUUACUCUUAUUCAAUUUAUAUGCAUCGUUAGUGCUUCAUAACAUUAUAUUGUUAUUGCCCUAAAUUGUUAGAGGGGUGUCUUGGAUUCCAGAGCCCCGCUGAUGAGCUUUCUCCCUCUCCAAUGCAAUAUGUACCCUGACACAAAAGAAAACCGAACAUCACAUCAUUUGUUUUACAGAAACAAACCAUACAAAAAAUGCAAAUAUUUUAACCAUUUAGUAGAUUAUAACCCAAGAAAAACCUGCAUUUAAUGUUUUGGAGGGUGGACUUAGCAAAAAAUUAUAUUAAAUUAUAUUUCAUUAUAUUAAAAGUUUAUAUUAACAGCAACACUAGAUGGUGCAGCUAUGACAAACCCUCUCCUUUUUGUCCAGAAAAGAGGGAGAGAAAAGAGGAAUAGAGUGAGUUGUGCUGGAAAUAGGGACUGUCCCUUUUAAAUAGGGACACUUGGUACAUGUGGGACAAACAAACUUACGUUAUAUCUACAGAUGACACAUAUUUUCAGAGUGGUUCGGCUCUUUAUCAAUGAAUAAUAGAAAUGAUGGUUAUGUUUCCUAACUAGGUGAUCGUUUUCUAAAAGACAGCUGUGAGUAUUAAUUAUAUUUGUUGGCUUUGCGAGACUAACAACCUUGUUAAGGAUUUAUACACUCCUGGCAUUAUGUACUAAAAGGGAGAAUUCAAACAGAAUUUAAAUUUCAUGCCAGAGUAGCUGACCUGCAAGCAUUGCUGACUUAAAGAAUAGUGAUGUCCCGAACUGUUCGCCGAACGGUUCGCGAACGGUUCGCCACGAACAGUUCGCCACGGACUCAUCAUUGAGUAAACUUUGACCCUGUACCUCACAGUCAGCAGACACAUUCCAGCCAAUCAGCAGCAGACCCUCCCAGACCCUCCCACCUCCUGGACAGCAUCCAUUUUGAAUGCUGCUUCACUGUGAGCUGUCCAGGAGGUGGGAGGGUCUGCUGCUGAUUGGCUGGAAUGUGUCUGCUGACUGUGAGGUACAGGGUCAAAGUUUACUCAAUGAUGAGUCCGUGGCGAACCGUUCGUGGCAAACCGUUCGGCGAACAGUUCGGGACAUCACUAUUAAAGAAUUUUUCCAAGUCCCUUAUUUUGACCUUAAAUUUAAAAUUAACAUUGAAUUUACUGUGAAUUCUCACUUUACAAAACAAACCCUAAAAAGUGAAUUUUAAUGAAAUUACACCUGAAUUGCAAGAACAUCACAAGAUUGAGUCCUAAAUAAACAAUCUGGGAAAUGGAAUCACUGUUUGGUCAGCCGAUAUUUACAAAUGUCUAGAUAUAGGUAAAUGAAUAUAAACCUCUAAUCUGGUUUGGUUUGCAGUAAUAAAGAAUCAGCUCUUAAUGCCACAUUCCACACUGGAAUCAUGGAGAUAUUCAGGUUAAUUACCAAAGUGAAUUCAAAGUAAAUUUCAAAUUCAAAGCCAAAUUCAGCAAACUGAAAACAGAACUGGCCCUGAGAUUUGUUUAAUUUCAGCAAUUUUGGCUUUAAAUUUGAAAUUCACCUUGAAUUCCAAACAAUUCUAACUUAGUAAAUAACCCUGCUGGUGUGUUUGAGAAAUAUGUCUUUAGUUAUCCUCCAUUAUUAACAGGUCUAAUCACAGUCAAAUACCCCUUGUCCCACGCCAUUAUCUCCAUUUAUCACAGCAGUCUUCACGUUUUAAUUUAUUUCCAACGAAGAUGCUUAGUUUACCAACACUGUUUGACAGCUGUGUCUGUACUCUAUACAGCUGCCUCUCUGCUUAAUAUUUUCACUUCCCUUACCCAAACCUCUGAUCUACUGCCUGUGAGAAUGACGUUUCUCUGCGCCAUUUUAUUAUAGAAACAUAGAAUGUGACGGCAGAUAAGAACCAUUCGGCCCAUCUAGUCUGCCCAAUUUUCUAAAUACUUUCAUUAGUCCCUGGCCUUAUCUUAUAGUUAGGAUAGCCUUAUGCCUAUCACACGCAUGCUUAAACUCCGUUACUGUGUUAACCUCUACCACUUCUGCUGGAAGGCUAUUCCAUGCAUCCUCAGUAAAGUAAUACUUCCUGAUAUUAUUUUUAAACCUUUGUCCCUCUAAUUUAAGACUAUGUCCUCUUGUUGUGGUAGUUUUUCUUCUUUUAAAUAUAGUCUCCUCCUUUACUGUGUUGAUUCCCUUUAUAUAUUUAAAUGUUUCUAUCAUAUCCCCCCUGUCUCGUCUUUCCUCCAAGCUAUACAUGUUAAGAUCCUUUAACCUUUCCUGGUAAGUUUUAUCCCGCAAUCCAUGAACCAGAUUAGUAGCCCUUCUCUGAACCCUCUCUAAGGUAUCAAUAUCCUUCUGAAGAUACGGUCUCCAGUACUGUGUACAAUACUCCAAGUGAGGUCUCACCAGUGUUCUGUACAAUGGCAUGAGCACUUACCUCUUUCUACUGCUAAUACCUCUCCCUAUACAACCAAGCAUUCUGCUAGCAUCUCCUGCUGCUCUAUUACAUUGUCUGCCUACCUUUAAGUCAUCAGAAGUAAUUACCCCUAAACCCCUUUCCUCAGAUGUUGAGGUUAGGACUCUAUUAUGAUACAGUAAUUAUACACUGAGCCUAGCAGCAUGGACAUAGGAUGCAAAUGUUUGGUUCUUCAAACGAAGAUCUACAAAAAUAUUCAGUAAAUUGCCUGGUGUAAAGAUAUUAAGCAGUAAGAUACAUUUCUGAUGAUGUCUCACAUUGAAAUGGCCCAGUGCGUUGUUAGCCUGUGAAUUAAUUAUUUUUUUAUAAUUGUUUUAAUUUGUGUUUUCUGUUACAGCUGUGAUGAAUAAUUCAGCCAUUAAAUAUGGUGAGUUGGACUGAUUUACCUGUGUAAAUCCUCUGUGGGUAUAAUACAAUGAAAUGACUGACUUUCUACUCUAUUAUUAACAACACUGACAAAAAUUAGAUCACUUUUUAAUCAACAAAAAAAAUCUAUCUGAAUUAAUACAAAUAAGGUAAAAGAAAUGUUUAACACUUUUAACUCUCGAGUAUGCAUUUAGCUCUCUGUUGCAACCAACUGUGUGCCAUAUUAUAAUUAUUAUGAUUUAUAAAUUGCCAACAAAUUCUGCAGUGCUGUAAAAUAAGAGGACUAACGGACACGUAUUUGUAACUAGACGAGUUGGACACACAGAAACAGAGGGGUGAAGUGCCCUGCUAAAUAAGGGUACAUUCUAGAGGGAGUGGGGUAUAGUGACACAGUAACAGAGGGAUUGAGGCCCUGCUCAGUGAGUUUACAUGUUAGAGGGAGUGGGGUAUAGUGACAGUAACAGAGGGAUUGAGGGCCUGCUCAGUGAGUUUACAUGUUAGAGGGAGUGGGGUAUAGUGACACAGUAACAGAGGGAUUGAGGUCCCUGCUCAGUGAGUUUACAUGUUAGAGGGAGUGGGGUAUAGUGACACAGUAACAGAGGGAUUGAGGGCCCUGCUCAGUGAGUUUACAUGUUAGAGGGAGUGGGGUAUAGUGACACAGUAACAGAGGAUUGAGGGCCUGCUCAGUGAACAUGUUAGCAUGCCUGCUCAGUGAGUUUACAUGUAGAGGGAGUGGGGUAUAGUGACACAGUAACAGAGGGAUUGAGGGCCUGCUCAGUGAGUUUACAUGUUAGAGGGAGUGGGGUAUAGUGACACAGUAACAGAGGGAUUGAGGGCCUGCUCAGUGAGCUUACAUGUUAGAGGGAGUGGGGUAUAGUGACACAGUAACAGAGGGAUUGAGGGCCUGCUCAGUGAGUUACAUGUUAGAGGGAGUGGGGUAUAGUGACACAGUAACAGAGGGAUUGAGGCCCUGCUCAGUGAGUUUACAUGUUAGAGGGAGUGGGGUAUAGUGACACAGUAACAGAGGGAUUGAGGGGCCUGCUCAGUGAGUUUACAUGUUAGAGGGAGUGGGGUAUAGUGACACAGUAACAGAGGGAUUGAGGGCCCUGCUCAGUGAGUUUACAUGUUAGAGGGAGUGGGGUAUAGUGACACAGUAACAGAGGGAUUGAGGGCCUGCUCAGUGAGUUUACAUGUUAGAUGGAGUGGGGUAUAGUGACACAGUAACAGAGGGAUUGAGGGCCUGCUCAGUGAGUUUACAUGUUAGAGGGAGUGGGGUAUAGUGACACAGUAACAGAGGGAUUGAGGGCCCUGCUCAGUGAGUUUACAUGUUAGAGGGAGUGGGGUAUAGUGACACAGUAACAGAGGGAUUGAGGGCCUGCUCAGUGAGUUUACAUGUUAGAGGGAGUGGGGUAUAGUGACACAGUAACAGAGGGAUUGAGGGCCCUGCUCAGUGAGUUUACAUGUUAGAGGGAGUGGGGUAUAGUGACACAGUAACAGAGGGAUUGAGGGCCUGCUCAGUGAGUUUACAUGUUAGAGGGAGUGGGGUAUAGUGACACAGUAACAGAGGGAUUGAGGGCCCUGCUCAGUGAGUUUACAUGUUAGAGGGAGUGGGGUAUAGUGACACAGUAACAGAGGGAUUGAGGGCCCUGCUCAGUGAGUUUACAUGUUAGAGGAGUGGGGUAUAGUGACACAGUAACAGAGGGAUUGAGGGCCUGCUCAGUGAGUUUACAUGUUAGAGGGAGUGGGGUAUAGUGACACAGUAACAGAGGGAUUGAGGGCCCUGCUCAGUGAGUUUACAUGUUAGAGGGAGUGGGGUAUAGUGACACAGUAACAGAGGGAUUGAGGGCCUGCUCAGUGAGUUUACAUGUUAGAGGGAGUGGGGUAUAGUGACACAGUAACAGAGGGAUUGAGGGCCCUGCUCAGUGAGUUUACAUGUUAGAGGGAGUGGGGUAUAGUGACACAGUAACAGAAGGAUUGAGGGCCCUGCUCAGUGAGGUUACAUGUUAGAGGGAGUGGGGUAUAGUGACACAGUAACAGAGGGACUGAGGGCCUGCUCAGUGAGUUUACAUGUUAGAGGGAGUGGGGUAUAGUGACAGUAACAGAGGGAUUGAGGGCCCUGCUCAGUGAGUUUACAUGUUAGAGGGAGUGGAGUAUAGUGACACAGUAACAGAGGGAUUGAGGGCCCUGCUCAAUCAACGUACAUUCUAGAGGGAGGGGGUAUAGUGAUUUAAGUGAAAAGGAUAGGAUGUGUUUUAUGUAUGGGAAAAGUAGGUUACUAGAAUAGUUUACAGUCGAGGGUUAGUUUAUUAGAUAACGCAGUUGCAGGAGAGGAAGCAGGAUGGGUUACCAACAUGGCGGAAAAUCUAUUGACCAUUUAAUUGAUAUUCUUUCCUGAAGAAGUGAGUUUUCAAUGAUUUUUUGAAGGAGUGGAGACUGGGUGAGAGUUUAACAGAGAAGGUAAGGGAGUUCCACAGGACCGGUCCAGCUCUAGAGAAGUCUUGAAGGUGGGCAUCAGAGGUGGGAGUACAAACAGGGGAUAGUCUUAGAUGAUACAAACUAAUCAUAAAUAAUAUAUUUUUUAAAAAUGAUGCAUAAAAAUAUACUUGAUAGAUAAAUAUAUUUUUAGUGCAUCAAUUUAUAUUUAUUAUCAACAUUUUAAUCUAAAAUCCAAUAAGUCAACAAACAUGUCAACAUGGACAUUUGUUUUGGCCUCAUUUUGUGUUCCUUGAUCCCCCUUUAGGAUCAGUAAGCAGGUAGUCCAAGACUUCAUUACCCUUAGACGUGGACUACCUGCUUAGUGAGUUCCAGAUAAUAAUCAAACAAGUCCAGAAUGACAUUUGUCUUUGUGAGAGUAUUAGACCAACAUACUGCUGGAUAUUUCCCCCUCCUCGACGUCCUGGGGCUGAUAGUUAUAUGCUGUCUGUUCUCACUUGAAACAUUUAGACCAGGCUAUUAGUCAUGACGUGUGUUUUGAUGUGCUGCUUCUUAUGUUUCUAAAUUAAAUUAAAAUUGACUUUACUUAGAUGUCAAUGAUUGGAAUCUCCUUAAAGGUAUAUAUUUAAAUUACUGUGAUACUACGGAAAACAAAUAAAAAGGUGAAAAAGUCUACUAUAUAAAGUUUUUUUAAUGCUGUACUUUUUAAUUACUAGUGAUUUAAUACAUUUAAAUAGAAAGAGACAGUAAAUCUGAACAGAGGAAACAUUUGUUUUGUUAAGGUUUGUUAAUUUUAAAAUUUUGUUCCGUCCAAAAUUCAAAAAUAUCCAAAAAUGUUGUUCAUUUUUAAAAGGGCUUUUUUAAAUUUUGAUCUUUCAGUUUUUUAGUAGAUAUCGUCCCUAUCUGUUAUCCUGAUCAGAAUUAAUGGAAAUUAAUUAACUCCAUUUGUUACGGAUCCAGUUGUUUUCAUUUUCCAUUGAUUUGGAAAUUCCGACACUUCUGAGUUGUGGGCCAAAAUGUGGAUAGAAUUCAAUUCAGAACAAAAGAAACUGCACGUCUAAUCGUGAAUGACGUCUUGCGAAUUGCGAAUUGCUGUGUUUGAUUGUUAAUCCGUGUCUGAUAUGGACAAAACCAGUACUAAGCAGUUUCACUCUAUGUGCAUGUUAUGUUUCUGGGCAACAAAUAUUUACAGGGCCCUUUAAUCCCCUGCUAUAUAACUUGAUGGUCUUAUUUAUGACGCAUAGUAUAAUAUACUUGAUUAUUAUUAUUAUUAUUAUUACUAAUAUUAUAUUUGUUUUGAUAAUUUUUAAUAUUUAAAUAAAUUUACCUACAUUUAUGUAAAUGUAUAAUAAUAAAAUAUUGCUCAUACAUCACCUUUCUUUGACGUUUUCUCUUUUUCUUGAUCAGUUGAAGGUAUAUUCUUAACAAGCUUGGUUACGUUGAGUUUCUGCAUAUUUAAUGUAUUAGGUGAGUAUAAAUCCUUUUUUUUUUUUUUUUCAGGUUGUCCUGUUUUGUAAUUGUUUACAAACCAUACAUGCAUUGGGUGGUUACACACAGCUUGUGGAACACACAGUAAUGACUUUUUCAUUGUUUCAUGGUAAAGCACCGGACAUGAAUUUCUGGGAUCAUAUAGUACUAGUUCCCCGUCAGUCUCCCAUCGACAUGGUGUUUGAGAAGUAAAUCAAGUUAAAGUAUUUUCUGUCUACCAGAAAAGUUUUGAUCAAAUCAAAAAAUAGGUUCAGUCUCCCUGAUCAAUAGGUGGGCUUUAGUGGGUUAUGGUCGAAUUAAGUAGAGCCACCCAAAAAGACCCACCUUGGGAAGAGUUUAGUUCAUCUGAAGCCCUGCCGCCAACCAAGAGGUUGUAUCAAAGAUCGUAUAAACCACGUACAUGCACUCUCUCAUUACACAAAGAAGGAUCAUGUACUUAUGUUUCCAACUUGACUGUUAGGUUAGUGUUGGAGGUGACACCCGUCAUUGUCUACAUUUUAAACCUAAUUUCUCAAAUAUUCCUGAGAUUCAUAAUUUUGUGCUCUUUUUAGAUGUUUGCAUUUUGGAGACUGGAAUCCAUAACUGUUUUUCAUUUUUUUUUCUUCUAGGUCCAUAA